GUCGGCCCCGCCCACCUCGCACGGCCUGCUGGCUGCAUCGGAGAGCUGUGCUAACACAUCACACAGGGAACCAACUUUAGCAGGACACCAGGCCCCGCCCCCCCCAGCUUAUUGCUGACAAGAUGGCGGCGGAGUGUAGAGUGCUGGCUUACACUGUGUACAAGUGGAGCUCCUUCUCAUCCAGCUACCUGCCUGAGUGAGUACCAGAGUCCGGGCCAGCCUGUAUCCCACCAUGGCAGUACCCAGGCCCGCCGCCCCCAGCCUGCCUAGUCACAGCACUCUGUGCCUGCCAUGCACGGGGGACUCUGUGCUUCCCUCCUCUCUCUCUCUCUGUGUAUCUAUCUCUAUGUAUCUAUCUCUCUCUCUCUCUGUGUAUCUAUCUCUCUCUCUCUCUGUGUAUCUAUCUCUCUCUCUCUCUGUGUAUCUAUCUCUCUCUCUCUCUGUGUAUCUAUCUCUAUGUAUCUAUGUAUAUCUCUCUAUGUAUAUAUCUACACACACAUACACUGCAGGCAUGCUCCAUACACUGUGUGUGUGUAUUCUGAUUAUAUGAACACAUUGCACUCUGUAUACUGGGAUAUGAGGGCUUCCUGGGCGGUAAUGGCAUCUCUUCCAAUAACUGUCCUGCUAGACUCGUGUCUGACAUGCAGCUCUGGCUGCUUCUGUCUGUGGUCACUAGAAGCAGGCAGAGGGUUGUUUACAAUGAUCUGCAAUCAUCAUGGCCAAUGUCAGUAUGUGCGCAUUUAAAUCUAGCCAAUGCUCUGUCUACCUCUCUGGGAUUGACUUUGAAAGGCGAUUGAAACUUGUGUAGUUUCAAUACUGUGAUAAAUUUAAAGUAUGGAGUAACAACUUGUUGAGAAAAGCCUUGCAAACUUUGGGACAUGGGAAUUAGAUCACACUUAGCUAAUUGUUCUAUUUAUUUCAUUUUUGCUGCUGCUUAACUAUCACUUAUUGACUGAUGUGUGAUUUAUAGCGAUUUUAGGGUGUAUUUCAAGUUAGUGGAACUGAAAACCGUCUUGAUUUUGAAAUUCAGGACAAUGCUCAAUUUAGUGAACAGCCCUGUGUGUGUGUUUGUCAUCGUGUAAAUAAUAUUUUGAAUCUGGAGAUGCUUCAAGUGUCCUCAAGCUUUUUUUUUUAUGUUUUGUUUGAGACUGGUGUCUGCAAUAGAAAAACAUGUAUCCAAAAUAACACACAUUGAGCUUCAUCUUGUUUUAGUGUAUUAUAUUUUUAAAACAGUCCCAAGAGAUUAAGCAUGUGUUCCUUAUGUUGGCAUAUCUGUUAACUUUAAGAGCAUAGAUACAAGUAUUUUCCCAGGUAUGUAUUGCCAAUUGCUGGAGCACAACAAAAUAACCACUACAGCCUGCUGUAAUGUAUGUAGUGCAAGUAGUCAAACAGUUUGAGAAUGGUUAAACAAUGUAUCUGGGGUGUGCUGGGCACAUGAUACUGGAAGCUAAGUCUGACAUCGCCAACCCUUUAAUCUUAGAAUCUGACCUGCAUAGCUCAGUGGAGCAAACGGAAGGUGCUUGCACAGAGCUUCAGGUAGCAGUGGGUACCCGACAAACCACAGAUAAGUUGUCAAAUUAUUCUAAAACAGUUUGCUAACUCUAAGAAGGUCUCAGAGUACUCCAUUAUAGUUGUCUAAUAGGUGUAUCUUGUAUUGCUUGGAGUGUUCAUUUUAAUGUUCUUUUUUUGCCAUUUGAUGGAAAACACCCUUUUUUUUCUAACUUUAGUUUUAAUAAACUCCUGUUAUGCCUUUUAAAAAUAUUCAGAACAUAUACGUCUUUUAAAUGUCAUAUUAACACAACUAGCAAUAACCCAGACUUGACCUUGUCUGGAAGAACACAUUAGGUGAACUGGGAUGCUACCAAAAGUAAACAAGGCCAGCAAACACAACAUUGAGCUCAUUUGAAGGGCACAUAGGCUGCAACCUCUUUUUUUGUUUUGUUUUCCAUGUCACAUUGUAGGAGUGUGACUGCAGAAUCUGCCUAAACCGUGUUUCUAGUAUAUCACAAAGCUAAAAUACAGUAGCUCACAUCUGUCUUUUAUAGAAGAUAAAGAUGUAAUUUCUAGGGAAUGCUAUAUUAUGGUAAAUGAGAAGCAUGUGGUUUACCAUUGUUUUUAUGUGUACAUGUUUCUUUUGUCCUUAGAGGGGUAUUCUAGUCACCAGAACAACUACUGCUUAUUUUAUUUGUUCUGGUAAAUAUAAUCAUUCCCUUUAGGUGUUUUGCAGUAAACACUGUGUUUUCAGAGAAAAUGCAGUGUUUAUAUUACAGAUUAGGUAUGCCCCCACUGGCCACUCCUCAUAUGGCUACUAGAUGUGCUUCAUGGGGCAGUGCUGCACAGCGUUUCCACCCUCUGCAGGGAAGCACUGAACUUUUUUCAACUCUAUGAGAUGAUGCUGAUCGGCCAGGGCUGUGUUUGAAUUGUGCUGACUCUGUGCCUGAUCUACCUCCUUGACAAGCUCAGCCAAUCCAAUGCUUUCCUUUGUGUUCCUGACCUUAGUUUUUAACGUUAUAACCUUAUUAUUCCACUCAUCUGAAUAAUUUUGUUUAUGCCAUUCUUUACAUCUGUAUAUAUGAAUAUUUGGAAUAUGAUACAGCCUAGCUAUGACUAAGACAUUAGCAAAUUAUAUGGUGUUUAUUCACUAAGUUUUAAAUUGUAAAACUAUGAAUUACAAUUUAUUCAGAAAUAGGUGAUCUGAAAAAAAAAAUCUCAAACUCUGCUAUAGUUACAACUUUUGCAGUUUCAGUAUUAAAGGAACACUCUGGGCACCCUAACAACUUCAUAAGGAUAUUGACCUAGGACAGGACUUCCCAAUUAAUUUUUCCUGUGAAACUCUUUAACACAGUGUACCAACAUUGUGGAAUCCCACAGGUGGUCCUUAUUUUGCUACCUACCUGUUUUACGACGGCUCGCACUUACGACCAGCUCUCUUGUGGGGUGGUAAGUGUGAGCCGUUGUGGGAAUUAGAGGGAUUCCCUGCUCUUGUGCGUUUGUCUAUUUUCAGGGAUAUGUCCCUGAACAUAAAAGAACGCAGCAGAGCAGGGAAUCACUUAACUCCUCACUUACCGACCAGGUUGUAGGAACGGAACCCGGUCGGUAAGUGAGGAGUGUAUGUAUGUAUGUGUAGUAAACAGAUUAUAGUACUUAGGAGCAGGUAUGCUUCUGUGUUUGGAAAUACAUUUAGCAAUUUAAUAUAGGCGUGUGUUUGUAAUGUUUGAUUUUAAAUGCGGAAUAUACAUUUUUGUGUAGUAUUGGUUUUUGAAUGAAGGGUGUGUUUAAAUGUUUGUAUAUAAUUUUGGAAUUCAGUGGUGUCUCUGUAUGUCAUGUUUGUGUUUGCAAGGGUGUGCUGUUGUUGUGUUGGUGCUUGAUUGCUGGGAUGUCUGCAUACACACUGCCACAUACUUGCAGGCAGAUAUACACUGACACACUGGCCCCAAUGGCACACAGGCCAUAAUAUUUAUAGUUGCAGCUACCCUCCUGUUAGCUUACUUUUUUGCUGCAGGAGAGUGGCUUGCUUGGAGUGUUGCUGGCCCCCUGUUCAGCAAUUACCAAUACACAAAAAUAAGUCCUGCGCUCAGCCUCCCACUACUCCUGGGCAGCAGCAAUGACAAUAAUACAUAGCCUCAAUACAUACAAAAAAACCAAAGAAUACCCUGUUUAGCAAUACCUAUUCAGUGGCCCUAAGUGCUUGGGCCACCCAAUGGGCAAAUCGCAGCGAAAUCCCAAUUUUGCUCUUGCCGAACACCAAUUGGGAAACCCUGACCUAGAAGAUCAGAACCACUAACCAACACACCUAUUGUGAUAAAGAAUAAUGGUUAGGCGUGUUAUUAUUUUAUAUAGCGCCAGCAAAUUCCGUAGCACUGUACUAUGGGGGUAAAGGUAGAAGCUAAACAUAUAUUCAAUUAUGAGAGGCAUACAAAUAUUCUCGCGCUUCCUUUUGGAGAUUUUUUAUUUUUAUUUACAAAAGUCACCUGUGUGUGACUUUACAGCACCAAAUAUGCUAUCUUUAAAAGUUUAUUUCAUCAAAAAUGUCUGUCAGGACAUAUUGUGCUUGAAACAGAUAUAUACACUUAUAAUAAAGCAACUUUGGAUAGUAAUAGAAGUAUGUAGUGUAGCGGAGCUUCAAUAUCUAGACUGGAUAUCUCCGAUAAGAUUCCCUCUAGCUGGAAGAAGAGCCGCCUUAGUGAUUAUAGCCCCAUUUGACAAACACUAGACAAUACAUAAUGAAAAGGAGAACAAACUUUAUUGAAAUCAGCAUAGAUAUACAAAGACCCCCCCCAGCAUGGAGUCUCCAGCAGAGGUAUAUGUAAUCGCACCCUGACAUCUGUGUCUGGGAGAAGACUGCAACAUACACCGCUAAUUUUAAUUUAAUUAUCCAUCAGACACACAGAUGGAUAACACAAAGAGCCCCCACACAUAUGAUAUCCCCAGAUAGCUUAUACGCGAAGGAGCUAUUUUUUACAGAUUAGGUGCUCAUCUAUGGGCUGUAGUGAAAAUGGCACUUGUUAAAGUUCUGAGCGCUGGAUUUUUUUUGCAGUCGGCAUGCUCAUGGUGCCGAUUAGCUCUGGGGAUAUCAUAUGUGUGGGGGCUCUUUAUGGGCUGGUUCCUCACACAAGCGUUCACUAACUUACAAAUAUGCAUUACAAGACUAUGAAUCAUAUAUGUCCCGGACAGUUCUCAAUUCCCCAAUUAUAAUGUUCAAAUAGCAACCGGAUCAGAAGUAUCAAGCCCGAGGGAUCAUCGAGUAAAUUUUUGACUGGGCACUGAUUACAUUUCGAUUUAUUUCUAACUCUGACAAGUAAAGCUUAUAUGCUCUGAUUAAGUGCUCACUCUGGUGGGGUCAUGGGUAUCGUCUCCCCUUCUUGGGAAUAUAGGGUAAGCCGCUCAUGCUUACUUGGCCGAUGGGAUGCAGGUAAUGAUUGAAGAAUAGGAAGACCAAGAUGGUAGUGAGAAGAAGAAAAAGAGUGAAACAUAUUUGAAGGUCAUAGGGGCUGGGUGGGGGUGUAAGUGCAUGGGUGUGAUGUGUGUUGAAGUUGGUCCUCUGGAGACGUAUUGGCUCUAGAAUGACCACAUGGUUAUGUGUUUUUUGGUAGUCAGGUUGGCAGAAGCAAUUGCUUCCUUCAUUGUAUUUAUUCCCUCAAUUAUCGGCAUUCAUUGUUGUAUGCUGGUGGACAGAGGUUUGUCUCAAGAGGAGCGUUAUCAGGCCCCUCGCUGCUGUAAAAUAAUGUUUCUUGAAUUACUUUUUGUACAGUCACAAUGUGAGUAAGGUGUUCUGUAGGAGCAUCACGUCAGGCGUGGAUGGAGUAGUGGAUCAUGUGAUUUCCUCUACAUGCCUUUGUACUCCAGUAUGUUGCCACGUUUGGUUAUGCCCAGAAAAUAUGUAGCAUUGUACCCCUAGCUUGACUGAAUGUGCGAGCAGAUUGAGAUCUGAUGAGUGAUGAUAAUUACCUUAUCCAUUGAGACUUUUGAUAGGCUGGUGUCCCUCUCCCAUUCUCACAUGACUCUUGGUGGCUUCAAGGUUUCUUUUGUCAGGAGUUGUUGGUAUAAGAUUGAGAUAUCCCGAGUGAUGGAAACAUAGAGUGGUACUCUGCCCUGAUGCCAGUGCUACCACGGAAGUAGCCUUGUGGGAGGGAGAGACCGACUGUCUCCCCUCUGGAUACACUGCUCUGUGGCUGGGGAACAGGACCGACUGUCCCUACCCCUUGUGCUGUAAGUGCAGAGACUACAGUCCCAUCUGCACUGUUGGGGGGUGUAACAUCUCCCCUUGCUGGGUUAGGCUGCCGCUGGAGAGAGGGUGUAACAAGCCCCUCUCUCUGAACUGUAAACUGCCGCUGGGGAGAAGGGGUAUCAGGCUCCUCUCCCUGACACUCUCUCUGCUGGUGGAGAGGGGGACCAGCUGUCUCCCCUUUCAUUUUUUUGUCCUGUGGUUGGGGUGCGAGACUGACGGUCUCUGCUCCCUGCAGGACACUCUGCCGCUGGGGAGGAAGGACGGCACCUUCAGCUCCCUGGGGUACACACUGCCGCUGGGGAGGAAGGACUGCACCUUCAGCUCCCUGGGAUACACACUGCCGCUGGGGAGGAAGGACUGCACCUUCAGCUCCCUGGGAUACACACUGCCGCUGGGGAGGAAGGACUGCACCUUCAGCUCCCUGGGAUACACACUGCAGCUGGGGAGGAAGGACUGCACCUUCAGCUCCCUGGGAUACACACUGCCGCUGGGGAGGAAGGACGGCACCUUCAGCUCCCUGGGGUACACACUGCCGCUGGGGAGGAAGGACUGCACCUUCAGCUCCCUGGGAUAUACACUGCCGCUGGGGAGGAAGGACGGCACCUUCAGCUCCCUGGGGUACACACUGCUGCUGGGGAGGAAGGACGGCACCUUCAGCUCCCUGGAGUACACACUGCCGCUGGGGAGGAAGGACGGCACCUUCAGCUCCCUGGGUUACACACUGCCGCUGGGGAGGAAGGACUGCACCUUCAGCUCCCUGGGAUACACACUGCCGCUGGGGAGGAAGGAUUGCACCUUCAGCUCCCUGGGAUACACACUGCCGCUGGGGAGGAAGGAUUGCACCUUCAGCUCCCUGGGGUACACACUGCCGCUGGGGAGGAAGGACUGCACCUUCAGCUCCCUGGGGUACACACUGCAGCUGGGGAGGAAGGACGGCACCUUCAGCUCCCUGGGGUACACACUGCUGCUGGGGAGGAAGGACUGCACCUUCAGCUCCCUGGGAUAUACACUGCCGCUGGUGAGGAAGGACGGCACCUUCAGCUCCCUGGGGUACACACUGCUGCUGGGGAGGAAGGACGGCACCUUCAGCUCCCAGGGGUACACACUGCCGCUGGGGAGGAAGGACGGCACCUUCAGCUCCCUGGGUUACACACUGCCGCUGGGGAGGAAGUACUGUACCUUCAGCUCCCUGGGACACACACUGCCGCUGGGGAGGAAGUACUGCACCUUCAGCUCCCUGGGACACACACUGCCGCUGGGGAGGAAGGACUGCACCUUCAGCUCCCUGGGAUACACACUGCCGCUGGGGAGGAAGGACUGCACCUUCAGCUCCCUGGGAUACACACUGCCGAUGGGGAGGAAGGACUGCACCUUCAGCUCCCUGGGAUACACACGUCCGCUGGGGAGGAAGGACUGCACCUUCAGAUCCCUGGGACUUACUCUGCCGCUGGGGAGGAAGGACGACACCUUCAGCUCCCUGGGGUACACCUUUGAGUCCCCGUAAUGCACUCUGCCACCGGAUAGGGCGGCCGAUACCUUUGGCUGGAUCUGCCAUGAACUGCAUGUACUCGUCUACCUGGCUCCUUACGAGCUGCACGUAUUUCUCCGGGGGGUUGGGUCCAAAGAAAGCCAGCCGCAUGGUAAACUCUCUGUCAUACUGCUCCUGAGUGUAGCUGGGUGCCAUGCUUGUGCUGCUGAAGUUAGUUCUUUUGUAGAUAGGGUCGCUGUACGGGUACUAGCGUUGCCCUCAAUUUGUAAAUCCACGAACUGUGUCUCCGAGCUGCUUUACCUCGCACUAGGAUGCCAUCCCACCGCUUGCCACCAAUGUAACAGAUCGCCUGGCACCCCGACUGGGUACCUCCGUUGAAGGAUGCUCCUAGCGCUUCCUGAGGACUCCAAGCACUGCAGCAGACACCACAAUCACCGAACCAGAGAAGCGUAUACCUUCUCUCAAGCAUAUGAAUGCUGUAGACAGUUGAAUAGGAACCAUACGAAUAGGUUUACUCUCCUAGCAGUCAAACUGGAACAGCAUGCAAUAAAUCCUUCCCCCAAUAAUGAGACGACACUUCACUUUGAGGGUUAAAACAGGAACUCUCUGUACUGUCACAUACAGUCUCUUUUAUUCCCAAUCCACAAACAUAGUACAGCCCACAGGGCGUUACAAAACAACCAAUCAAUCCAUACAAUACACACAGACACUCCCACACAAAAUCCUCCCCUCUGCAGGUGAUAUGAUUACUGAACACAAUGGGUAAUCUCAUUAUCACCGGCAGAGGAAUACAGUUUUUACAGAAUAUUUCUAACUUCUAAAAUAUACAUGUCACAAACAUAAAACAUACAUUUUCAUAAUCAAUCCAUUCAGGGGAACAACAUAUUAAAAAAUGGCACGAAUCAGACCAGGGGUUCAAAAGUUAAGGGAAAGUUCUUUGUGACUAAAUGAAGCAUGGCUUUCUGGCCCAAACCAGUUUCAGAGUCUUCUAUCCUGGAGAGUAAUUCAAUUAUCUCCCAGGAUAGACACAAGACUCCAUUAAGCACAUGGUUGCAAAAGACACAAAACACUUUAAAAUACAUAAAGUCACAUUUACACAUAACACACAGACAUUUCACAUAUCCCCAGAUAGCUGGGAUCUGAGUGCACAUUAUUAGAUGAAUGGCACUCAGAUCCCACAAAUAAGCCUUUCUGCAGGGGAAAUAAACGGUUUAACCUGCAGGGCCAUAGUCCAAAGGGAGCAGGCGAGCAACCAGGCUUCUCCAGUUCACAGUGGCAAGGUUGGUUUCGCCACACUCCCCUUUACUAUAAAGAGCUUCCCCUGGCAAACCCACCCCAGUUCUUCCUUGUCCCAGCACGGGACAGAUGGAGAGUCUGUUGAAGGUGAGGCACACAGGUUCCUGUCUGGGGGAGGAAGCCUGAUAGCUGCCAGGUGGUAGGCUGAGCGGCAUGGCUCCGUCUGUAGCCCUUUCUGUUUAACUUUGCGCCAAGUAUGUUCCGGCUUGGUGAGUGUGGGCGGGCCGUGGGAUGCCUUCAUUAUGUUGCAGGCUGUGUGCCUGCGAACAGCGCUGGAAGGGACGCCCGGGUGAUGUUGCGUUUCACUUAAUUUCCAGGUGCGCUAUUGCAAAUGCGCGAACCGGAACUAACGGGAAACUGCCGAGUUUGCUUUGAAAAUCUGUUCUGAUUAAAAUUGCAAGUAAUGGAUGUAAUUGUUUUGUAGAAAGUGGACUGUAUGUGCAAAACAGACUUUUUGUACACUGUGGAAUGCCUCUGCUAUACAAGACUUUUGCUUAUUGUAUCCGUACUACUCCCCUUAAUAUGGUUCUGGGGUUUAUAAAUAUGAAUAUAUAUAAAAAAGGUGCUGCAUUUUCUUGGGUAAAAAUUAAGCAGAGAAUAUGUAAUCAUUCAUAUCUUUGAAUUCUUAAAAAGAAUCAAAUAGUGUAUCAGCUGCUCUGCUUAAAAUGUUCUGCAGAGACUGAAGAGCAGCAUCCUUCGAUUACUUCUAAUGUCUGGUGAAUGUCUGUCUACAUGUCUCGUUCAUCAUACUGUGUGGAGCUGGUUCCCACCUGAUGUACUGACAAGGUUCGUUAGGAAAAACAAAGAGAACAUUACCUGCGCUCUGGCAUUAAUCCCUAUGCACAUUUUAAACAAAAUGGGGUCUCUUUAGUUUUAUCACAAUGGCCAUUUUGAAUAUAAGCUCACCUGCCAACUCAAGGCAAGCCCCAAAAGGUGAAUCCUACUCUAGCCAUUAGACUUGCUGAUAUCAGCCAAGAAUCUCCAAUGAGACAGGAAGGGGUAUUUUAUAAAACAUACAAAUCACCUUGGUUAUGAAUCGGUCAGGGGGCAGGAUAAAUCUGCUAAACUUUAAUGAGGGUUAUCUGUUCCUCAAACCCCAUGUCUUUCUCAUAUGCAGAAAUAUGAACACUCUGAAUGAACAAGCCAUUCUUGCCCGGCGUUUAAUAUGUUUACCAUCAAAUAGGUAAAUGUUACACCCCCAGGAACACUGGGAAUCCAUAAAAAUCUGCAGAAGUAGCUGCUUUAAAAACCCUGUCGUCAAGAAGGCGGAGACUUCUUGCAGAUAAUCUUUCCAGACUGCUGGCAUCGGUAUUGGUCUUUGCUGGCAGGUGCAGCGGUGUCCAAAAACGUAUAACUUUGUUUACAAUUGUUAAUGGAGGUUAUUUAAGUCUCCUGAUAAGCAUCUCGUCAGUUUCCUGUUCUAUUGUGAUUGUCACAUACUUUAUAUGGAUUUGACUAAUACAAUUUUACGAUGGCCAAGAUCAUUGGUUCAUCUGCUGCUUCUCUUUUAUCCUUGUGGCUUAAGCUUGGACGGCAGUUCGGCGUCCUUUUCGGUCCCCUGUUUACUCCCAUUAGGAAAAGGGGUAUCUUUUUAUAAUCUAUGUCGAAAAAGGAAACCAGCUCUGCCUAAAGACAGGUAGAACUAUGUCCGACAAUGGUAGGUGUUUAGGACGCCAAGAAGCUUGGAGGCGUAAUCCUGUAUUUCUAUACUAAGUUUGGAUAGCUCAGUGGGUUUAGACCUUGUUCAACCCUUGGGGUUCGCAGGGUUAACGCAGCACUUCAUCCCUUUGAGGUAGAUGACUGGCGUACCAUUUGGGAACCAGUAUAUAUCUGAAUGUCUCUUGCCUGGCUUUUAAUUAGAACCUACUUGCAAUCACUGUUUUCUUGAUCUAGUUAGAGGGUACCGCUUGCUCUUUUCAAAUCUGCCCAAUCCAUAAUCUUCCAAACAUUUGAUUUACAGAAACCGUGUUCCUGCUGGAUUCAAUGAGUUUGAGAUAUGGUCCUGUGAACCAUGAAGUUCGUUGGGUUCCUCAGGAAUCUCCUGGUUAUCAAUCUCUGAUCAUUCCUUUUAACCCCCUAAGGACAUGUGACAUGUCAUGAUUACCUUUUAUUCCAGAAGUUUGGUCCUUAAGGGGUUAAACUGGUUAUGAAUUUAAAUUAAUUGGUUCCUCUCCUGAGGUUCAGAAUUCUUAUAUCCCUAUUGUGGCCCCUCAAAAAGUUUUCUGAAAAUACGCCAUAAUAAGUGGAUUGAAGAGAUUUCAUUGCUCUUCAAAACAAUUCCCUUAACAGCAUAUUUUACGGAACGAGGCAUUCCCUAUUUGGGAGUUUGGCUACUUAUUGCUAAUUGGGACUGUUGCCUUUUUAAGUAUGUCCAGGUAGCUAGCAGAGCGCUACAACAACACUGUUGGAUACAAAGACUAUAUAAUGUACUUUCUUCUUCUUCUCCAGGAAGGAUAGUUUUUUUGAGGUUCAUGUUAACCUUAAAAUGUUACCUCUGCAUCUACUGCACUCAUAAAGGAAAGGUCCAAUUACUAAGAAAGUGAAAAUUCCUCCAUAAGAACAGGAAAUUAGAUUGCUGGGAUGUCUGACCUAUUCAAUUCCUGCGCAAAAUCUGGAUUUGGCUGCUACAGUGGAAAAUUAUUCUGGGUCAAAGUGUGGAAAACUUGGAUUUCUGUCUCCUAGACUCUCUUCGAAAAAAGCGGAAGAUCGGCUAAACUGGUGGACAACGUCAAGUUUUUUUCAAACAAGUCUGUCCUUUCAGCCUGUAGAUGUAGUCAUUUUCACCACCGAAUGCAUCUAACACGGGCUGGGUCACUCGUCUAAAUUCUCUAAAGUUCCAGCGUUCUUGCUCCUAAGAAAAUUAGUUCACUCAUUUCAGAGCUCUUAAGGCAGUUCUUCACUCCCCUCACCGAUUUCAGAUAUUGGUUGAUUGAGGGACCUAUUACAAUGCGGUCAGACCACGACUCUUUCCCUCACAUCAACAUAAAGGGUGAUGCUAGAGGCAAGGUCUGUUUCAGCUAUGUACCAAAACGGUGUACUGAGCUCAGGAUCUCUGGGAGGUCCUCUCUCCAUCCCAUUCAUGAGGUGUCGACAAUGUCAUCACCUACAACCUCAGCAAAAGAAAUUGGGAUCAAGCGUAAUGGUCUAUAGAUGUUCAGUCUACAGAGAGAUUUUGGAGUGCCGGGAUAGACCUCAUGGCAAAGAGGGAGAACAUGAAGAUUCUUAGGUUUGCCUCUCCGUACAGGACCGUUCACGAUGAAUAGUUGGUCUAUCUAAGGGUAUUUCUCUGGGUUUACAUUUUUUCCCCCUAUAGACUGUUCCCAAGACUUCUUCAAAGAGGUGAACAGACAGAGCAGUGGUUCUGCCAAUUUUUCCGUACUGGCCAAACAAGAGCCUGUUUUUGGCAUUAGUGGAGAUGACUUUCAAGUUUGGAGAUCUUCCGAUCUCUAACACUUUUGGAAGACAGGAUAUCCUGCUGGAAGUGUUGAAUAGGUUCUUAUUGACGUAGGGCAACUGACUCAUGAAGACUCAGGAGAUGAAGGACCCACCAAGCAGAGUCCACUUGUUGCAUAUAAUCUUCUAGUCGUACUGCCACUAACUUUUACAUGAAGAUUUGGGUAGAGUUGCUACAUUUUUUGUAAGGAACGUCAUUGUCUUCUAGUUAAUUUGUUCGGGUGGUUGAAACUUACAUUUCCUGCAGGAGAUUUCCACAGGUUUGGGGUUUCCACGUUAAGACCAAAUUGUAUUCACUAAGUCCUUUUUGAGAAGGGAUUGGUCUUUGUAUUUACUGGUUAGAAGUUACUUUAAAGCAAUAGGUUUCUUAGGCCACCCUGGAAGUUCUGUUACCCUCCUGGGAUCUUUCUUCAGUCUUUCAGGUCCCCUUUUACUUUGGAGGUGGUUCCUUUUAAUAUGCUAAAGCUUAACCAGCAUUCUUAGUGGCCAUUCCUCUACCAAGAGAGUAAGCGAGCUUCAGGAUAUAUCAUCUUCAGUGGAAUUUCUUAUAUUCCGUCAGGGUGCAAGUUGUUUCAUCUGAACACUUCAAUUCUUCCAGUUAUCUUUUAGAGCCGUUAAUCGGCUCAGCCUUUUAUAAUUAUGCCACCUCCCCGCUGGAACUAGAUGGCAUAUUCAAAGGGAAUUUCAGAUGCACCCAUCAAUAUCCGCUGAAUUCAGAAGAUCAGAUCACCUGUUGUCAACUUCUAGGGAAGUUUUAAGGGGAAUGAAGCCUCUCUUAAUUCUGUUUCUCGUUAUUUCGUCAAUCAUAAUGGCUUCAGUAGUUUUGAUUCGCCAGCGUCUUUCACAGCACAUUCCACAAAGGCAAUGGGCAGAUAAAAGAUCUUGCUUCACCCGAAGAAAUCCGCAUGGCUGCUUCUUGGUCAGUUUUUAGCACCGUAAAAAAAGUCAGACAUUUUCAGGCUAAAUGUACUCUCUGCCUCUAAAAUUGCGUUGUAGCAUAGGUACUUGACGCUGUUUAGGUAUCAAGCCCACCUGAUUGGGAAUCUUUCUAUAUCCCAUACGUACUGCCACCAUAUGUCAGAAAAAACUGAAAUUUUUACUUACCGUAAAUUUUUUUUUUUUUUUUUUUAAUAUGGUGGCUGUACAAAUCUCCCUCCCUCUAAAUUACAAUUUUGCUUACAUUUUGUGGUUUAGGGGUGUAUUCUUGCUACUAUUGAGGUGGGUUUGCCGGGGGAAGCCCUUUAUAGGGUAAAGGGGAGGGACUUUUAUUAAUCCUCUAUCUUGCAGAUGCUUGUCCCAAUUAGGAAGCACAACCCAUAUGUACGUUCUGCCACCAUGUUAAGAAAAAAAUAAUUUACGGUAAGUCCAUAUUUGUGUUUUUGCCUGUUUGCACUCUCUCUCUAUCCUGCUUUCUUCAGCUACAGAAUAUUUGAUUAUUAAAUAUAUUUGGCUCGCACAUGGCACACAUGAAUUUAGUGUGCAAUUCACACUCCUGGAUUACAAUAGCACUACCCCUUUAAGCCAUGCAAGGACUAUAAUUGCAGGGUAUUCGAUGAAGUACAUAAGAAUUUGUUUGCCUGUGCAAAUGCUAUUUAUGUUGUAUUCCCUAAUUUCAUUAUAUAAGCUAGACACUGGAUUGUGUGCAGAUCCCUUUGCCAAACAUGAAGUUGGUUUUUGGCAGAGUACACUUUUUAAAAGAUCUUUGGACUUAACUAUGUAGACAUUAAAAUACCUAGCAUGUGUAGUCUCAAAGUCCUUUGGAUGAUAAAAAAAAAAAAAAACUCAAACCUUUUUUAAAGGGAUCCGUUUUACAGUUUUUUCACUUAACUGUUUCUGAUUGUCUCGCAGGUUAAUGAAAUACAAGUGCAGAGUUUUUGUUUUUGUUUUGUCGUAAAAGGCAGUUGGUCCUCAUGAGCCUGAUCUUUCUAUCACUGGUUGCCCACUUUGAGUAAUAGUAUGUACAUGAGCGUAUUAGUCUGCUGACUGGAGACCAUCCCAAGGCUGGAAUAAAGAUAAAUUUAAAGGGACACUAUAGUCACCAGAACUACAGCUCAUUGUAUUCUGGUGAGUAUAAUCAUUUCCUUCAGGCCUUCAUGUAUAUCAUUGUAAGUAUAUCAAAUGCGUUAGGUGAAAUUUGCCUUUAAGUUACAGUGGAUGACUUGGUGCGGUUUGUUCAGAUCAGUUAAAGGUUUAAUCUAAGCACCACAACCACUUCAUCGAUAUGAAGACUUGGUCUUCUGUAAUUUCCCUAGGCUUGACAAAGGUAGAGUUUAAGGCAAGUUUUAUUUCCAUUGUCAAGCUCAGUAUUCACAUAAUACUCACCUGACCAUGCCGCUUACUGUAUUUCCCUGAACAUUGCACAUGCACAGUGCAAAUUCCUCUUCCUUCCUACUGCUGGGCAUGCAGGGACAGUAUAGGCAGACAGGGGCAUGAACAGUUUGUCACUGCCAGUACCUACAAGAAUGUGGCGCAUUAAUAAAAGAUGUUACCUUUUAAAAAAAACAAUUUAAAGGGUGGAAAUGGGGCUAAACAUUGGGUGGGCAUAAAAACAGACUUUAAAGAAACCCUACAAGCACCAUGACCAUUACAGCUUGCUGUAUUGGUAAUGGUACCAGAAUCCCCCUGGUGCUGUCUCAUGAUACGAUGUCAAACCAUGUUUCUUGGUGUCCUGCAUGCAUACUAUGUUGCAUGUAUAGGAGUCUUUAGAGGGUUCGUUUCAUUGUAUAAUCUUGUUGUUGAGUUAUGAAUACAUGGACAGAAGUAAAAGAAAUUGGAAUUUCAAAUAGCAUUUGUGUUUUUUAACUCUCAAAACUGCUGCUCAGUCAUAAUGUCUGACAUUCUUUGAAAAGAAGCAUAACUGUCUAUUCCAUGAUUAGUUACAACUACUGACUGCCUUUUGUAAGCUUUAAAGGAUCACUAAGGAUCACUCGUUUUCCUGACACUAUAGCAUCCUUAGGAACACCCUCCCCCCGCCACCACCAUCAGGGCCCCCCUCCCAUGACAAUAAAACCCCUUCAGUUACUUACAUUAAUCCAGCGCCGGGCUCCCUCUGCGCUGGUGACCUCUCCUCCCUCGUCGAUGUCAGCUCCCGAGUGUAGCAGAAUGCACAUGUGCAGCAAGAGCCGCGCGCGCAUUCAAACAGUCCAUAGGAUAGCAUUUCUCAAUGCUUUCCUUUGGACGUUCUGCACGCUGGAUGCAUAUUUCUCAUGCAGCGUCGCAGAAACGCCUCUAGCAGCUGUCAGGAUGACAGUCACUAGAGGUUGGAUUAACCCUGCUAUGUAAACAUAGCCGUUUCUCUGAAAUUGCUAUGUUUACAUCGGAAGGGUUAAAACCUGGUGGACCUGGCACCCAGACCACUUAAUUGAGCUGAAGUGGUCUUGGUGACUAUAGUGUCCCUUUAAUUUAACCAAGAUUUCCAAAUAGACUGGAUUGUGACCACAAUUUUUUUUUUUUUUUUUUUUGUAACAAUUACUUGUUGGUUUUCAGGCACCAGUGAUUAUUUGAAAUAUUAAGUUAUCACAUUCCAUCCUAAAUGAUUACACACAUUUCUUAAAGGGUUACUUCAGGCACCAUGGCCACUUCAGUAAUUUAAAAUUGUCGUGGUGUCUGUAGUCUGUAUGUUGAAUGUUUCACUACGAAACGUUCAUACAGAGUGUAAUGAUGUUACAUUAUUUUGGCAUCAUUAGCCUGUCUGGAAAUGCGGCCUAUACUCUCCCUUCUGUCUCUUAAAUGAGGGUUGGGCUGCAGGGAGAACUUCGGUCCUGGAACACAGGUAAGUUUUGUGUUUUUUUUAUUUUUUUUUAUUGUGUGUGUUUGUCGUGGAUCACCACAGCAAGGGUUAAUCAAAAGUGUUUUGAAGUUUUUUUUUUUUUUUGUUAAGGCAAAUUUACUGUGAGGGUUUUAAUAGUGACACUCUUAGAAAUCAAUUAACUUGUGCUACUGCAUGCUUUAUUUUUGUGAGUUGAUACUUCAUUUUUCCACAGCAACACAAUUUGACUUUUUCCUUUUUUAUAAUCAUUUCAUACAAAUUAACCUUGCUGUUGGAUAGCUAAGCAACAAAAAUGACCAAAGAAUAUUGAAAUAUCAUAUAGUAUCAUCGUUGUACAUUAACACAGAUUUGUUGGAUUCAUUUUUGCCAAUCUUGCAUGCGGGAUGGAUAGGUGGCCUCGGUGUCUCACUGGAACUAUAGUGUCCCUUUAAGUUUUGUCUAAAAUGCAAAGAUCUUGCUAGAAAUAGUAGCACAGUUUUUAAACAUUUUAAAUAUUAAAUCACUGGUAAUGGAGUCCAAACCUGUAUACCAAAUAUUUGUGUCCCUGCCUCUAGUUAAAUAGGUCUCCCUAUUUGUUCAAAAAACAAUAAAGCUGUUUUACGUUGCAAGGUUAAAACUAAAGGGCUACUGAGCCCAUGUCACUUCACUGAGAUGAAGUGGCCUGGGGGACUUUAGGGGUCCUUUAAUCCUUCACAAAGUAAUGCAAAAAAUUAGUUAGCUUAAUUUGCCCCAUUUCCAUUUUUUCUCUGCUGGUAAAUUUGGCCUGUAUGGUAAUUUUAGUUGUUUUUUUUCCCUCUGUUUUAAGGAACAUUUUAGUGGAUAAACCCAAUGAUCAAUCUUCAAGAUGGUCUUCAGAAAGCAAUUAUCCCCCUCAGGUAAGUGGAUUUUUUUUUUCUUUUUUUUUUAACUGCAGACAUGAUUAGUGAUUACAUACUAGAUUUACUAAACCCUGCAUACCUAGAACGAAGUUGUCUUGUGCUGCUUUUGGUCAAGUAAUAUGUAAUACAUUGAUUUGCUUGGUCUUCUCUCACAGUACCUAAUUUUAAAGUUGGAAAGGCAAGCCAUCGUUCAAAGCAUUACAUUUGGAAAAUAUGAGAAGACGCAUGUCUGCAACUUGAAGAAGUUUAAAGUGUUUGGUGGAAUGAAUGAAGAAAACAUGACAGAACUUUUAUCUAGGUAACUAGGCUGGGGGUUUCCACAAUAUUUCUUAAAUAUAUGUUUAAAUACAGUAUUAAGUUAUAGUAAUUGGAUUUUCUCUACUGCAGUGUCUGUAAAUAUAUAUUUACAGGUUAAUUACCUAAAGAGGAAAUUGUUCAACUGAAUUUCACACGUUAGGCCAAAAUAGCCAAACUGGAAACAUUUUUUUUUCUACACUUUUAGUUUGACUAGUUUUUACUCAAGACACAAGAUUUUGUCUAAUUCCUAAAAAUGUGCAUGUUAUUGAAAGCCUAUGAUUUUCAUAUGAAGAAUGCUUAGAUACAUUAUGUAGGUGCAUGGUAAGGCCAAGUUAAAGGAUCACUAUAGGGUCAGGAACACAAACCUAUAUUCCCUAUCGUGUUAAAACCACCAUCUAGCCCCCCUGGACCCCUCAUGCCUCCAUAAAUAUAGAAAAAUCUUGCUGUAUUCAAGCCUGAAGCUGUAGAUCUGCAUGCUGUUUGCCUCAGAAAAACAAGUUGUCUGACAUCAUCAGAAGUGGUGGCCUGAUCCAAUCACAAUGUUUCCCCGUAGGAUUGGCUAAGACUGACAAGGAGGGAGAUCAGGGGCAGAGCCAGCAUGAUUCAAACACAGCCCUGGCCAAUCAGCAUCUCCUCAUAGUGAUGAAUUGAAUCAAUGAAUCUCUAUGAGGAAAGUUCAGUGUCUGCAUGCAGAGGGUGAAGAUACUGAAUGUUUAGAUGCAUUUUAGGCAGCCAUAACCCAGGAAGGAUCUCUAACAGCUAUCUGAGGAGUGACCAGUGAAGUUAUCACUAGGCUGUAAUGUAAACACUGUAUUUUCUCUGAAAAGACAGUGUUUACAGCAAAAAGCCUGAAGGUAAUGAUUCUACUCACCAGAACAAAUUCAAUAAGCUGUAGUUGUUCUGGUGACUAUAGUGUCCCUUUAAACUGCAUGAAUCAGAUAAAUUUUCCAGUAUUCGAUGUACACAGCAUCUGGUGUCAGCAUACUUUGCAUGUUGAUGCUGGAUAUAACAUAUAUUCAUUAACUGAAUCUAUUUAAGUCAAUAAUUGACAGCCACAAAUCGGAGUGGAAAGUGUAAAAUGCAAACGGCGCCAUUUCUCAGAAAUAAAUAUUUUCCAUUUGCAAGUCCUCAAAGGCAGCAUCUGUGUCCCAAAAUUACUUCAUUAAGAAAGUGAUUUUGGUGCGUAAACUGUCCCUUUAAGCAAUCAUCUCUUGAAAAAAGCCAUUAGAAUAUGUGAAAAAUUUUGUGUAAACUCUUAAUGCAUUGUGAAAUUGAGAUAAUGAGGAAAACAGUGGGAUGUUUCUGUUCUUGUCUUUAGAUACAAGGUGCAUUUUUUGUUGUGUAGAUGAAUAUUAUUUUCUGUGUCUUUACAGUGGUUUAAAGAAUGAUUACAACAAAGAAACAUUCACCUUGAAGCAUAAAAUUGACGAGCAGAUGUUUCCUUGUCGAUUUAUUAAAAUAGGUAAGUUUACCUUUUUGCUGCAUAUCUCUAUUUUAAACUGUAGUCCACAACUGUAGUGUAAAAUGUUAUACUUCAAUAUCACUUUUGUGCAAUUUGCUAGAUACUUAAUUUUGAAAUUUGUCCAGCAAUUAGAUUUGAGGUAAGAUGUUUUUGUUUCACAUGUCAGUUCCUGAACAAGUAAUGUGGAAUGCACACACUAAAAGAGAGUAAUACUAUCAGGGUGCUCCAAGAGGGGAAGGCAAACCCCAAGGACAAAAAGCCCAGGCACUCCCAGAGGCUUCCUUAAAGAGGAAGACUUUAAUCAGAAACCGUGCAUCACAACGUUUUGGCUCUCAAAUAAGCAUUUGUCAAAUGCCAGUUCUGUCUUCCUGUCAGACUAGUUUUAUUUCUGAGUACUUCACUGAUUUACAUUAACCUCCACAGUUCUAUACAUGACCUUCUGUCCAAUAGCCCAGGCAAUUCUUCAGACUGCUACACAUACCUAACUACUUCCGACUUCCUGCAUCACAAAUUUGUGAGACAUCCUGGCACUCCAGUUCACUCACUUGGAAAGAAACGUACUUCAUGAACACUGUCUUUCCCAACCCCAAGGUCAUAUUUAGUACAUUUAACGCACAAUUUUAGCUUAUUACAUUAUAUAGGGUGAGGUAGAGGCAAAGAAGGCCUACAAAAUUCAGAGUAUAAACAAAGAAAACUAGACCUGUGCUGCAGAUACUCCUCUAAAGUACCAACAGUGUAUAAACAACCAAAAAACAAACAAGAGUCCUGCGCAUCCAGCAUAGGUGUGCACCAGGUGCUUUAACGUUUGCUGCUUUCUUUGUCCUCAAAUAAAUGGUGGUAGCACCUGGGUGUGCACACCUAUACUGGAUGCAUAGGACUCUUGUUUGUUUUUUGGUUAGCUUAUUACAAGUUCUUCACUUAUUCUCCAUUGUCUCCCCUCCAUCUGGUAACUUGUUCUUCCAUGCACCCUAUCAUAGUGUUUUCUGGAAAUCAUUAUUGGUUAUGUCCUCUUUCUCCUCAAAGCCAGCCAAUUUACAGAUUGUGCCACUUUUGUGUUCAAGGAACACUAUAGUGUCGGGAACACAAACAUGUAUUCCUGAUGCUGUAGUGCCUGUUGUUUAGCUGACCAGCCACACUCCGAUCUCGCUGAAAAGGUGAUUUUACUGACCUUUUCCCCCAAUGCCGCACUGGUUUCAUCACAGCUGGUUCAGCCUCCAUGACUGACUUCAUCAAUCUUGAUGAUCUCCGCCAAUCCAUUGCUUUCCCAUAGGAAAGCAUUUGGAGGUUAUUGCUCAUGAGCAGCAAAAUGCUGUGCCACGCCAAUGAGAAAAUCCUCAUAAAGAUGCAAUGAAUCAAUUCAUCUCUAUGGGGAGCAUUCUGUGCUUGUAUGCAGAGCAUGGAGAUGGUGAACGACUGUGCAGCACUGACAGAGGAAGCACCUCAAGUGGCUUUAUGAAAGACUGCCACGAGAGGUGUUACUAGGCACCUCUUUACAUGUUAAUACUACCUUUUUUUUUUUUGAAAAGCCUACCAGGGACAUGCUUUAGACACCAAAACCACUACAUUAAGCUGUAGAUGUUCUGGUGACUGACUAUAGUGUGAAUUUAAAAUAUACAGUUUGCAUUUGGCAUAUUCGAAUACAAAAUACAGCUGAAAACCUCUUAACCACAGUAACCCACAUAUCCUUAGUGUCCAUAUUACACCUUAACAAUAAUUUUUCUUCUGUUUCUUCCUUAAGUGUUUUUUUUUUUUUUUACAUUGAUUUUCUCCUCUUACAGAGCACUCUACAACUUCAAAUCUCAUAUUCUCUAAACAAGUACUAACCACUAUCUUGUCUUCUACUCUUCCCAUUUGCCUGAAUUUGUCAUCUAUGAAAUAUUUCUUUUAUCUAUUGAAAAGUCUUGCAGAUCAAUUUUAAAUAGGAUAUGUAACUAGAAACAGAAAAAUUGUUAAAAAUUGUUUAAAAGAAAAACUUGAGUAUUGCUAAUAGGAGUUGGUACAAGAGUGUGAGUGGAAGGAAGACUGUUCUCAUUUAGUACAAAAAACUAGUGCUAAUAAAACUUUUAAUAGAUUAUAAAAUGUAUAUAAAUCAACAAACCCCAAAAAACAUAAAAAAAUAAAAUAAAAUAAAAAAAAUAUAUAUAUAUAUAUAUAUAUAUAUAUAUAUAUAUAUAUAUAUAUAUAUAUAUAUAUAUAUAUAUAUAUAUAUAUAUAUAAUAAAAAAAAUUGACUAUCUACUAAAUAGAUAUUAAUAGGUUAUGAUGAUAGGGAGUAUGCUAAACCUAUAGAGAAUAGUCAUAUCUCAAUUACUAUCAACUCUAAUCUUGUGGAAGUUAGAUAUCCCCUAGAUUUGAAAUGUCUUAAAGGGACACUGUAGGCACCCAGACCAUUUCAGAUCAUUGAAGUGGUCUAGGUGCAAUGUCCCUUAAACCUACAGUGGUAAUUAUUGCGGUUUCUUAUAAACUGCGAUAAUUGCUUCUGAGGAUUAACUCCUCCUCUAGUUGUUGUCUACCAGACAGCCACUAGAGGGACUUCCGGAAUUGAAACAGACCUUUAGUCCCUUAUCUGACUAAAGUGUCAGAUUUUCCCCAUAGGAACGCACUGAAUAAUGCUUUCUUAUGGGGAAAUCCUAAUGCGCGGCCAUUGCCGGACAUGCGCAUUAGGUCUCUCUCAUCAGCUGAAGUAUGCGGGGGAGGAGCAUGGGUGGAGCCUGCCCAGUGCCGAGGGACAUCGGCGCUGGAUUCAGGUAAGUGACUGAAGGCGGCUUUGUUUUCCUGGCACUAUACAAUUUUAAAUCCAUACAGGCCAAUAGUAAAAAAAAAAAAAAACUCCUCCUCCUUGUUGGAUAAUCAAAUAUCUCAUUGCUCAGACAAUAAGCUCACUCAGCUAAUGGGUCAAAUGCCAGCAACAGUUCACUAGAAAUAUAUAUAUAUAUAUAUAUAUAUAUACACACACACACACACACACGUGAAUCUUCACUAAAUGCAGAUGUAAAUCUCUAGAAUAUGUACCAUGAUGCAGAAGUAGUGAGAGCUAAUAUUGUUGCUGUGUUAAAGGGAAUCUUGUUGGCAAUGGGGUAUGAGUAACCGUGCAACCCACAACUAAUCUUGGGUGUGAGAUGUGACUAUUCCCCAUAGGUUUAGUUUUCCGCUUGCUAUCAUUCUGGCCACUAUUUAGAUAGUCAAUUUUGUUGUGGAUUUUGUUAUAUAUUUCCAUUUUUUUUUUUUUAAAUAAAUUUUGUUGAUGUACCAGUAUAUACAUUUUAUCUAUUAAAAUCCGAUUUUUUUAUUAGCGCUAGCUGCUUGUACUAAAGGAGUACAGUCUUCCACUCACGCCCUUGUACCAACUCCUGUCUUUUUUUUUUUUGGUCUUGUUAUAGUUUAUCCACAAGUGGUUACCCACCACGCAGGAGUAUUAGUGUGAUACAAUUACAAUUGUGUGUGUGUGUGUGUGUGUACAUAUACCCAUUGUACAGCGCUAUGGAAUUUGACGCUAUAUUAAUAAUAAUAUAUAGAUCUAAAUGAUAUAAAUAGUCCAGGAAUGCAUUUUUUUGCAUAUGUAAAUUUAGACUGAGGAAUACUUGCAGACUCCAUCUAACUAAAUGCCGGCAGUUAGUCUCUUUGGUGUGUGUUUGUUUUUAGAUAUGUAACUUUCUUGUCUUAUUAAAUAUGUACUUGUUCACGCAGUGCCCUUCUGUAGUAAUAAAGAGAAAUCACUGAAUAAUAUAAUUCAUUCCUAACUAAAAGAUCCCUUGUGUUGAUGACAACAAGUUUAUUGGUUUCAAGUAAUGCAUUUUGUUAACUUUAUUUAAAGGUUAUUGUAGCAUAAAAAUGUUGUCCUCUUUGUUAUUACCUAUUUAUAUCAAGGUUUGACAUCUGUAGUUUUGCAGCAUUAUUUCCCUCUUGUCAGUGACAGCCUGUCUAUGGAAUCUGCAGUGGUGUAAACCACUCCAGAGCCCCCUUUGAUUUGUCUAACACUCACACCAAGAUGACAAGAUGCAAAUUAUUGCAUCCUGCCAGUUGGGGAUACAAAAUGAAGUCCCAUCCAUCCACAACACGAGUUGGAAUGCGACAUAGUUGUGCAAGGAACCAAUAAAGCUGUCUGCCAAAGGAUAAUGCAUAGAUGGAUAAUGUCUUUCCAUCCUAUGGACUUGGUUGAUGUCUUACUAGCAUGUGACAUCCAAGAAUAUAAAUUCUCAAUUCCACAUCAUUUUUCUUUAUUGCUAUGGAUUAGUUCUAAAACCACAGUUUAGGUGAUCAUCUUCCCUUAUCUCUGGUUAGAAAGGUGAUUUACUCAACUUUUUCCAGCACCACGCGGAGCUCCUCCCAUCUUACCCAGCCCCAGAUACACAACCUUGGCUGAAAUUAUUAUGACAUUAUCCCACAGAGGGGGUGGGACAGAUCCGAAUGCCGUCCUGGCCAAUCAGCAUUUCCUCAUAUAGAUGCAUUAAAUCAAUGCAACUCUAUGGGGAAAGUUCAGUGUCUCCAUGGAAAGUGUAGAGAUGCUGAACGUUUGUGCUGCACACUGUGCAGCAGUGACCCAGGAAGCACCUCUGAUGGCUGUCUGAGGAGUGUAAACACUGCAUUUUCUCUGAAAAGGCAGUACAGAUGCUCCUUAUUUACUGACUGUUCUGUUCUUACGACCCGGUUGUAAAAUUAAUUGGUUGGUAAAUGAGGCGCAUGCGCACUAGUGGAGGUUUGUUUGGGAUAAAUUCCCCGAACAUAGACCAGCACUCUAACGUGGGGAAGCCCAUAAAUCCCCACGCUAGAGAGCUGGUCGUAACUGUGAGCCGUCGUAAAACAGGUAGGUCGCAAAGUGAGGACCAUCUGUAUUUACAUUAAAAAGCCUGCAGGGAUAGGCUAUACUCACCAGAACUACUACAUUAAGCUGUAGUUGUUCUGGUGACUAUAGUGCCCCUUUAAGUCCUGCAGAAUGUAGAGCUGUUCAGCCAAAUGUUGGGUAAAUGGUAAUAGAAAGUGUUUUUUCCUCUUUUUGUCAUAUAUUUGUCUAGGCAUUUAGAAAAUCCUUCAUUUACUUUUUGCUUUACUUCCACGGCAGAUUAAAGUUUCAAUGCUUGCAUUCUCUCUCUCUCUCUCAUUCUAGUUCCUCUCUUGUCCUGGGGACCAAGCUUUAACUUUAGCAUUUGGUAUGUUGAAAUCAAUGGUAUUGAUGAACCAGAUGUGGUACAGCCGUGUCUCCAUUGGUACAGCAAGGUAGGACUGCUUUUAACUGUUCUUCUGCUUGUUAUUGCAGUGAACUGUUUCACAAAUCAAGAGUUUAAAUGUGCUGUUACAGAUGAUGGCACAAAUUUGUAUUCACUAAAUAGUGUUGUGACUGACAACUGAAUUUGCUAAUUUAAAGGGUUACUCCAGCCACCAUGACCACUUCUACUUUUAGAAGUAGUCAUUGUGGUAGCAGUCUGUAUGUGCAGUGUUUCUGCUUGAAACCCUGCAAUGCAGAUCUAUAUAUUUGCAGUGUGCUGGGGGCUAGUUAUGAGAGGCUUCUUUGAGAAGCAUUUGAUUGUACUCUCUCUGAGAGGCUAUGACGUUGGAUGGAACGUAAAAGGCAACGAAGGCACUUUGCUCGGGACUUGAUUAUAGGUAAAUUUUUGCAAGAUUGACUUCAGAAUCUUUAUGAAAUACUUAUUUACUGUAUUGGAAUUUCACUGAAAUUGGCUUUACCUAUAGACAUCCAUGACAUGUGCUCCUGGUGCUGAUGUGGACUAAUGGGGGAAGAUGGCAGCCCCUGCAUAGGUCAGGUUGAGGAAAGUAAAACUUGCCUUUGCCUGCAGCUGCUGGCUUUUCAAUGUAAAUACUGCCUUUUCAGCUAAAAGGCAGUGUUUACCUUGCUGCCUGGUAACACUUCUAGGCGAAGUCACUCAGCCAGUAGAGGUGCUGCACAGUGUGUAGCACCUAUUUUCAGCAUCUCAACACCAUGCAUUCAGACUCUGAACAUUCCUCCUAGAGAUGCAUUGAUUCAGGGCAUCUCUAUGAGGAGAUACUGAUUGACACAGUGUUUUGCCAUGCAUGUGCAGUAGCCUUCAAAUGCUUUCCUCUGGGAAUGCAUUGGCUGAUAUAAUAAAGAUUGAUUAGCGGGGCCAGCUGUACUAAGACCGGUGUGGGAGAAAAGGUGAGUAAAAUCACCUUUUCAAUGCAAUCUUUGGAGGGCUGGUCAUCUAAACAGUUUAACACUAUAGUGUUAGGAAUAAAUGUUUGUAUUCCUGACACUAUAGUGUACUUUAAAUGUGUCUUUUUAGUAUCUUCCAAUUACUGCACAUAAUUAUGGAGUGGUCCUAAAAGUGAAAUACUGAUUGGAAGGAUAUGAUCUGUAUGUUAUUAUUCCCAUUAUUGUGAAGACUCUUCCCAUUCCCAUUUAUUCAGUUUAAUUUGCAUUGACAAAUUUCCACUAUAAAAACCGUACACUUAUAUUUUGUCUGAUUUGCUGUGAGAUCUAGAUCUUGCUGUGCCUUGGUGCAAAAACUCCAUCCUAAACUAUAAUCUUCCUCGAUAAAGUGCAUUCACAAUACUUAAUUUUUUUCCCCUCCAAUCAGUGGUCCUUUAUUUGUGCAGUUUUUAUUUUUUUACAAAGAAAAAGUUGACAUUUCAGUCUGGACUUUAUUUCAGUAUAAACUGCACAGUCAACUUUUUGUUUGUUCAAAACAAAAAAAAAACUGUACUUAUUAAUUAUCUGCAUAUGUCUUUAUUCUUGAUCUUAUUUUUGACCAUUUAGCUAUACGCCUUGUGCUACAGUUUGUUAGAUUUGGACUUAUCAUGAACAUAUCAAUUUUUUGAGCUAUUAGAAAAUAUCCUAAUUUAUCUCCUCUUUAAAACUGGCACUUUUUUGUUUCAACAAAUUUUACAUUUUAUGGCCGUUACUGUUUAUCAAAUUUUACUCAUUCUUAACCUUGUGUUCCAGUAGUACCGUGAACAGGAAGCUAUUCGCCUAUGCCUAAAACAUUUCCGACAGCACAACUACACAGAAGCAUUUGAAUCCUUACAGAAGAAAACCAAAAUUGCCUUGGAGCACCCAAUGUUAACAGAGCUUCAUGACAAGCUCGUACUAAAAGGGGACUUUGAUGGUAGUGAGGAGUUGAUUGAAAAGGCAGUGAAUGGUAGGACCGAUCUUAUUAAAAAUAUUUCAUUGGUCUGAUAAUCAUUGAGCUGUAAAUUUGUGCUGCAUCAAAUGUUUUGUGACUGCGUUGAGUAAAAAAAAAAAUUUAAAAAUUUUGAAUGGAAACUGUCCAAAAAUAGUCUAGUUAUAAUUAUUUUAUUUCUACCUUUUUAUAAAUAGUUAUAUUAUUUUUAUUGAGGAUUAAUGCAAUAUGAUUCCCUGAAGCAAUCUUCUUGCUUUCUUUGUAGAAUUUGGAAACCAGUAUCAUGAAGUGAUAGUUAAGCAAGCCAUGUUUGCUUAAAGGAAAACAAAGUUGUUUUCUUGGCCCUAAAGCUCCCUGUGGUGCAAAAACUGUUAUAAAUCCCUUCUGGGACUUAAAGGAUCACUACAUCAAACAUGUAUUGCUGACCCUAUCAUGUUAAAACCACCAUCUAGCCCCCCUGGGCCCCUCAUGCCUCCAUACAUAUAGCAAAAUCUUACUGUAUUCAAGCUUGAAGCUGUAGCUCUGCAUGCUGUGUGCCUCAGAAAAACAAGCUGUCUGCUGACAUCAUCAGAAGUGGUGGCCUGAUCCAAUCAUAAUGCUUCCCCAUAGGAUUGGCUGAGACUGACAAGGAGGCAGAUCAGGGGCAGAGCCAGCAUGAUUCAAACACAACCCUGGCCAAUCAGCAUCUCCUCAUAGUGAUGAAUUGAAUCAAUGAAUCUCUAUGAGGAAAGUUCAGUGUCUGCAUGCAGAGGGAGGAGAUACUGAAUGUUUAGAUGCAUUUUAGGCAGCCAUAACCCAGGAAGGAUCUCUGACAGCUAUCUGAGGAGUGGCCAGUGAAGUUAAUACUAGGCUGUAAUGUAAACACUGCAUUUUCUCUGAAAAGACAGGUGUUUACAGCAAAAAGCCUGAAGGUAAUGAUUCUACUAACCAGAACAAAUUCAAUAAGUCGUAGUUGUUCUGGUGACUGUAGUGUCCCUUUAACUAAUUCCAGCGCCGAUGUCUCUUGACACUGGUUCAGGCUCCACCUCUGCUCCUAAUGCACAUGUAUAAUGCUUUCCUAUGAAGUUUUUACAUGACUCUGGUCUAAGUGCUUAUAGUGUACCUUUGACCCUUUCUCCCUGAUGUCUGUGCAACUCUCUGACAUGCCACUAAAGCAGUUCUACGUCUUCUGACUUCAGAUUAAUUUAAUCUCAAGUGCUUAUGUAAAACUAGUAUUGUGCAAUGCCCAUUAGGAAUUCGUGGGAACACUGUCAAUAUAGCCCUGAUAUUUUCGGUAAUAGUGUUCGAAAAAUAAAAUAUAUAUUGUUCCUGUUCUAAAUGCUACAGAGUUUGAUUCACUUUCCAUUAAAACAAAAUAUGUUAAAUGAAUAACCUAUAUAUUUCAUGUAGAAACCUUUUAUAAUUUACUGUGGUUCUUGGCAGAAAAGGGAAAGUUAAAUGAGCAUGUUUUAGAAAAUGAACAUCCCUAUGAUUAAAGGGACACUAUAGUCACCUGAACAACUUUAGCUUAAUGAAGCAGUUUUGGUGUAUAGAACAUGCCCCUGCAGCCUCACUGCUCAAUCCUCUGCCAUUUAGGAGUUAAAUCCCUUAGUUUAUGAACCCUAGUCACACCUCUUGCACAGCCUUCCAUAAACAAUUAUUUAAGGUAAAUUACAUCUGUUUGAAAGUGAAACAAGUCUUUUUUUUUUUUUCAUGUAGGCUGUGUCAAUCAUAGCCAGGGGAGGUGUGGCUAGGGCUGCAUAAACAGAAACAAAGUGAUUUAACUCCUAAAUGACAGUGAAAUUGCAGGGGAAUAAGCUAUACACUAAAACUGCUUUAUUUAGCUAAAGUAAUUUAGGUGACUAUAGUGUUCCUUUAAUAUUAAUUUUACAAAUCUGUUCAAGAACAAUGCUUCCAAUUUCUUUCUGUGGUGAUGAUGGAGGUGUUUAAAUGGAUACUUUACAGCUUACUUGUAAUUGUUUAGCAUUCAAGUAAAAAGUAGAUGGGUGAAAAAAAACUGAUUAAAAAGAUAUACUUUUAGAUAGUAUGUUUUAUCUGAAUUGUGCCAAAUAUUUGUGUCUUGUAUCAGAAGUAGGAUUCGUAUAACUAUAACAGAUAAGGACCAGCGCUUUUUACAUAAAAGAAGUAUUAAAAACCAAUACAAUGGGUAACAGAUAUAUUCAGAUUAGCUGCUAAACAUUCAUAUGGUGCUUCCAACACCUCAAGUAAUAAAAUAAUCAAAAAACAGAAAAAUGUAGCGCUUGUGAAGCUCAAUAUUUACUUGUAUUAUAGUCUCUGAGGAAUAUGUUCGGUAUUGGUAACCAAGUGCCUAAAACAGAAAGUAAUCGUAUAUAGUGCAGAUGGUAUAUUAUGAAAAGAUCUCUUUAUAGAAAUAUAAGAUUAAACUCACAAACAAAGAGCUGUAAACUCAGCUCUAGUUGGUAUCACUUUCUAGUUGGUAUUGGCUUUAUUUUAAAAUAAAAGGGCAUAGAUAUGCCUGAAAUCUAUUAAUAAAACAAAUAACAUCAAUAUGUUAAAGUGUAGAAAACCAAAACACGUUUCGCCACUAUCCUGUGGCUUUUUCAACUGGAUAUAUUAAUAUAUGUAUUAAUAUAUCCAGUUGAAAAAGCCACAGGAUAGUGGCGAAACGCCACUGUGGCUUUUUCAACUGGAUAUAUUAAUAUAUGUAUUAAUAUAUCCAGUUGAAAAAGCCACAGGAUAGUGGCGAAACGCGUUUUGGUUUUCUACACUUUAACAUAUUGAUGUUAUUUGUUUUAUUAAUAGAUUUCAGUCAUAUCUAUGCCCUUUUAUUUUAAAAUAAAGCCAAUUUUAAUAUUAUUUGAAUUUCUGGAGUUACCUAACUUACCUGCCCCUGCCUUUGCUUGAUGGGAGUGCAGUCCCACACUGCACAAUACGUGAAAAUUGAGUCAUAAUAUCUGACUCCAGGCUUGUAAGUACCCACUUGGGAUUUUAUAUUUUACAAAAGAAUCGAAAUUGUGCUGCGCAAUCGUCCGUGUUUUUGCCCUCUUCUUAGGAUUAAAACUACAAUAUGGGGAACUAACCAAAGAAGAGGAAAAACCACCCAUACGGACCCAGCAGAAAUAACUUUGAUAAGGGGAGGAUCGCCUAAACGGAUCCAAAAGUGAUACCAACUAGAGCUGAGUUUACAGCUCUUUGUUUGUGAGUUUAAUCUUAUAUUUCUAUAAAGAGAUCUUUUCAUAAUAUACCAUCUGCACUAUAUACGAUUACUUUCUGUUUUAGGCACUUGGUUACCAAUACCGAACAUAUUCCUCAGAGACUAUAAUACAAGUAAAUAUUGAGCUUCACAAGCGCUACAUUUUUCUGUUUUUUGUAUCAGAAGUACAAUCCUAUUUCAGUCCUGUUUGUGGAAAGUUUAACAUUUUGUUAUAUUAAACAGAUACUAUAAGCAUCAAAGCAACUUUAGUUUAAUAAAGCAGUUUGUGUGUAUAAAUCAUGCCCCUGAAGUCUCACUUCAUGGAAGGGCAUUGAACAGUGAGACAGCAGGUGCAUGAUCUAUACAACAAAACUGCUUCCCUUUAAAGGGACUCUAUAGGCACCCAGACUACUUCAGCUAAUUGAAGUGGUCAGGUUACAGUGUCCUUAUUGCCGUUAGUGCUGCAAUGUUAAACAUUACAGUUUCAGAGAAACUGCAAUAUUUACAAUGCAGCAGGAAGUCUGCCUCCAGUGGCUGUCCCCCAGACAGCAACUGGAGGAACUUCCUGCAUCCAAAUGGAACUUUGGACCAUUAUCUGAUGCUGGACGUCCUCAAGCUCUGCAUGAGGACAUCAAGUGUGAGAUUUUUUUUCUCCAUAGGAAAGCAUUAAAUAAACGCGUGCUCUGUAUUUGCCACGUGUGCACACUAGCGCCCGCUCAUCGUGAGACGUCUGAGGCAAAACCAUGACCCAGCGCCAAGGUACGUCGGCGGUGGGGUAAGGUAAAUAAAGAGUUUACUUUACCCCCACCCUUUAUUGGCCACUGCUUUGGGUGCGAGGGAGGGGCAGAAGGAGCUUUGCGGCAGAAGGAGCUUUGUAUUUCUGGCACUGAGAUCAGAGUGGCAAGCCAGUUGUAUAAAAACAUGAGAUUGGUAAUAAUAUUUAUUUUCAUGUAUUUUUUUUUUUUACCUGUUAAAAAUAAUGCUAGGUGUCUUUCGCCAUAUAUUUUUUUUGCUCAGUAUAAAUCCAUCCUUGUAUUUGUGGGAUCAAUAUAUAACCCCCCCUCCCCCCCCCUAUUUAUAUUUUAUUUUUUUGCAGUGUCUUUUACUGUAUUUUGUGCACAUCUAUGUACUGGUAGCAUUUGAUAACAAUGUUUUCUCUCUUAUGUACCCAUUCAGAUGGUCUCUUCAGCCAGUACAUCAGUCAGCAGGAAUAUAAACCACAGUGGAACCAGAUAAUCCCCAAAUGCACUAAAGGUAACAAUUGCUGAUGUACUUGUUCUUUAAAAAAAUAACAAGAAAAAAAACUCUUCCAUUUUCUUUUUCUAAAAGGGACUGUAUAGGAAACAAAACAGCUCUAGCCUAAAGGGACACUCCAGGCAUCCAGACCACUUCUGCCUAUUGGAUUGGUCUGGGUGCCAACUUCCACUACCCUUAACCCUGCAAGUGUAAUUAUUGCAGUUUUUAUAAACUGCAAUAAUUACCUUGCAGGGUUAAGUCCUCCUCUAGUGGAUGUCUAUCAGAGAGCCACUAAAGGGACUUCCGUGUUCUUAAAACACGAAAAGUGUUUUAAGUGACGCUGGAUGUCCUCAUGCUAUGUGAGGACCUUCAGCGUCACCGAAAUCACCAUAGAAAAGCAUUGCUUAUUGCGCAUUAGGUCUCCCCCCAACGGGUAAGUCACUGAAGGAGUUUUAACCCCUUCAGCUACUUGGGAUGGAGAGUGGGAGGGAGGGGGGCACCACAUAGUCCUGCAGUGCCAGGAAUACUAAUGUUUUCCUUGCACUGGAGAGUCCCUUUAAUGAAGCAGUUUUGGUGUAGAGAUCAUGCCUCUGCAAUCUCACUGCUCUGUUCUCUGCCAUUUAGGAGUUAAAUCCCUUUGUUUAUGCACCCUAAUCACACAUCCCUGCAUGUUACUUACACAGCCUUCCUAACACUUCCUGUAAUGAGUCAACUGUUUACACUUCCAUUAUUGUAAAUUUUGUUUAAUUUAAAAUGUCUUAUCCCCUGCACUGCUAAAAACGUGCUAGACCCUGCAGGAGCCUCCUUCGGGUGAUUAAAGUUCAAUUUAGAGAGCAGGAGAUUAAAAAAAAAAAAAAAAACAACUUUUAAAGUAAGUUGCAUCUGAUUGAAAGUGAAUUUUUUUUUUCCAUGCAGGCUGUCUGUCACAGUUAGGGGAGUAGUGGCUAGGAUUGAAUGGACAAACAAAAGUAAUCAACUCCUAAAUGGCAGAGAUUUGAGCAGUGAGACUUCAGAGGCAUAAUCUACACUGAACAAAAUUGUGAACGCAACACUUGUUUUUGCCCCCAUUUUUCAUGAGUUGAACUUAAAGAUCUAAGACUUAUUCUAUGUACACAAAAGGCCUAUUUCUCUGAAAUAUUGUUCACAAAUCUUUCUAAAUCUAUGUUGGUGAACACUUGCCGAGAUAAUCCACCCACCUCACAGGUGUGGCAUAUGAAGAUGCUAAUUAGACAGAAAGAUUAUUGUAAAUGUGUGCCUUAGGCUGGCCACAAUAAAAGGCCACUCUAAAAUGUAUUGAGGGCUUCGGGGGGGUCCGAAAACCAGUCAGUAUCUGGUGUGAGUGGAUGAGUGGUGCAACAAUGGUCCUCAGGGUCUCGUCACGAUACCUCUGUGCAUUUAAAAUGCCAUCAAUAAAUUGCAGUUGUGUUCGUUGUCCAUAACAUACGCCUGCCCAUACCAUGCCACCAUUGGCCACUCGAUCCACCACUUUGACAUUAGCAAACCGCCACCCAAAUGACACCAUCUGCCCUGUACCGUGAAAACUGUGGAGAGGUGUUCUCUUCACAGAUGAAUCAAAGUGCCAGACGCCAUCGAACGUGAGCAUUUGCCCACUCAAGUCUGUUACGACAAUGAACUGCAGUCAGGUCGAGACCCCGAUGAGGAUGACUAGCAUGCAGAUAAGCUUUCCUGAGACGGUUUAUGACUGUUUGUGCAGAAAUUCUUUGGUUAUGCAAACAGAUUGUUGCAGCAGUUGUCUGGGUGACUGGUCUCAGAUGAUCUUGGAGGUGAAGAUGCUGGAUGUGGAUGUCCUGGGCUGGUGUGAUUACACGUGGUCUGCAGUUGUGAGGCUGGUUGGAUGUACUGCCAAAUUCUCUGAAACACCUUUGGAGACGGCUAUUGGUAGAGAAAUGAACGUUAAAUUCACGGGCAACAGCUCUGGUGGAUAUUCCUGCAGUCAGCAUGCCAAUUGCACGCUCCCUCAAACCUUGUGAAAUCUGUGGCAUUGUGCAGAGUGAUAAAACUGCACAUUUUAGAGUGGCCUUUUAUUGUGGCCAGCCUAAGGCAUACCUGUGCAAUAAUCAUGCUAUCUAAUCAGCAUCUUGAUAUGCCACAUCUGUAAGGUUAGAUGGAUUAUCUCUGCAAAGGAGAAGUGUUCACUAACACAGAUUUAGACAGAUUUGUGAACCCCAUUUGAGAGAAAUAGGCCUUUUGUGUACCUAGAAAAAGUCUGAGAUCUUUGAGUUCAGCUCAUGAAAAAUGGGGGCAAAAACAAGUGUUGCGUUUAUAAUUUUGUUCAGUGCAUAUACGUUCGUGCAAGGCUUUAACGUUUGUUGACCGCAUUAACCGUCAUGCAGUAUAGGUACGAGCAGGGGUUAAAUCUCUCCUGGUACCAAGGAACUCCAGGUAUCUUUCGAUGCCUGAGGGUCUCCUCUCUCAGUUGGGUCCACAGUGAGUGGGACUAGGGGGUAGGAUCAGAGGGUAGAAAUAGGGACAAUAUUAAGGGCUGGGUUAGGAGAAAAAGUAUAUAGUCGGUAUUGUUGUACUCAAAAGCGAUACCAAAAUGUGUGGGUGGUGGAAAAAACAACUAAUUUGACUAAGGUUUGUGAUAAAAAUGGGUAAAUGAAAAGUGUCAAAAUGCUCUUGAUUACAUGGCAUGGGGAAUGUACUUUCUGCAAAUAUAUAUAACUUUGUAUCGACUUUGGAUUCUGUGACUACUAAUAAAGUUGUAAUCUCAGCUUGCCACCUUGCAGUAUUUGUAUUCAUAACUUCUAAAAACUAAUUGAAAUCCUAGACAUAUUGGACAUUUUAACAAUCAGAGCUAAUUGGUCAAUCUGUUUUGAGUUUUUCUUUAUAUAUCGUAUAUGUAUGUGCAGUUAAGCAGAAAGGUGGAAGUUGUAGUUAAACACAUAACAGAAGUGCCAUAAAAGCUUGGUUACAAACACGUUGCAUCUCAAAAAAGGCUGUCUUUAAGGGGUUAAGUUGAUCUACUUACUUUUUUUGUAUCCUCCUUUAGGUGAUGGAGAAGAUAGUAGGCCAGGAAUGAGAGGUGGACAUCAGAUGGUCAUUGAUGUGCAAUCUGGUAGAUAUGUUAUUUUACUACCUCUAACAUGUUAAAGCUUUUCAGCUGAAUUUAUUUGUAGGCUGCUAUUAUCAGUUUGUGUUGAAUUAAGGUCUUGACUUAAUGCUUUCCCAAUGAUUCAAUAUUGUUGAAAAAACUAAUCAUAAAUCUACAAAAAUUCCCAUAGACUUUAAAGUCUGACUGAUGAAAUGUUACUGAAAUUCCAACACAAUUGAAAGAUACCAUGUGGUGAAUGUGAGGUAGGCAAAAGUUGAUGAAUCGUUGCAGAUGUGCAUGCUAUAACCAGGAUGCUUACACCCAAUGUUGUUUUCAGCACCUGGACUGGGUGGUCAUAGAUUUGGAGCGCAGAUACCCAGAAAUUAUUCUACAUACAGACUCCUAUUAUGCCAAGACCCGCAAACUUGACAUCUUUGGUGAUGGCCACGGGUACAGGGAUCUUGCGUGGUCCUCUAAAGACUGCAUUUGUGAGAAUACAUCACUGAUGUGGCUCCUGUGAAGGGGAUGCUCAGAGAAAAGAUGGUAACAGCUGUGAGUGGCAACUUCAGAUAAGUCUGCAUUCCAAAUCUGUGACUACACAGCCAGGUCCUGGAAGCAGCAUUUGGUGUAAGUAUGUGCUGUAUUCAGUGUACAUUUACCCAGCAUAGCGAUAUUGCUAAUGCUCCAUAUUUGAAUUGCAUCUAACAGCAUACUAUUAUUUAGUUACCAUUUAAUACAAAUCUAUUUACGUUACCAAUUAUAGAAUGCAAAUCUGUACUCUUUUUGUUUUUGGUUAUGCUCAUGCUUAAUAGUUGCUUUCUAUUCAGUUUUUAUUUGGAAAAUACUGAAUAAAGUAUGUUAAUUAUUUUCUUUAAAAUAUAUCUGAUUUUGGGUCCUCUAUUUUGCUAGACAGUGUACUGUAUUAAAUUGUUCUCUAUACAUUUACAUUAAUGUCAAACAAACAAAGCAUUUGGCACUAUGGCUGCUGGUGUUUUGGCAGCUGUUCCAUCGGAUGUGCAUUCUGUGCCAGAUUUUGCUUUGCUCUGCUCCAGUGUGAAUGAAGCUGUUGUAGUGACCCGAGUUUCUGAGCUGUGAGAAUUUGUGUGCACAAAGGCCAUCUUAUUCGUUAGAAAACUAGAGGUUCUGAGUUCUACUGAAAGGCUACUGUUGAUAAACCCAAAUAACUCUAUUAUUGCAACAGUCUUAAGUUCUUUUGUUCUUUCUAUGUUUACAUGAUAACUGCUUUUUGUUUUUCUUCAUUUUUAUAUAUGCAUAAAAAUAAGAUGGAGAGGACCGUUGAUAUCAGUUAUGUUUUAGAACAAUUGUUUAUUAUUUGUAAUAGUUGCACGAAGAAAGAGUUGUGUUCUUACAUUUAGUUUUCCACUUUCUAAACAUUGCCAGAAUUUGUAAAGCCAACCUUUGUGGUCUAGUAGUCUUUGUAGUCAAGUGAAAUGCUACUGCACAUACUAGAGACUCAAAAAAAAAUCUGUUUAGUGUACAACUUGCUGAAGUGCUUUCUGUGUAUGGAAUGUCCCAUCUUAAUAGCAUUUUAUAAAAGUACCUAUUUCAAUGUGAAAUCAACCCUCCUAUAUUUCAGUUGGAGGGGAGGACUUAAAAACCUCCCCUGUGACAGAAGAUCUGCAGCUUUUUCAGGCUUGGAUUUAUUUUUAUUAUUUUUCGGAUAUACUUUUUAAAUUGACUCAACAGCAUUAUGGGAGCUGUAGUCCAAAACAUGUGGAGUGUGAAAGGUUGCUUACACCUGCUUUGAAAAAUAGGCUUCCAUGCUUACAGAGUUACUUACACUGGUUUCUAUGGUUUUUGGUUAAGCAUCGCUAACAUUUUAAAUAAAAUAGAUUUAAACAAAGAUCAUAUUAUUAUAUAUUUUUUUGCCAGUGUAUUCCAAGCAUCUUGAUAAAUUAGUAUACUUGAGGGUGUGCUUUGAAAACCUUGGUGGUUUAUCUGCUGUUGUACAAUUUGUAUUUAGUCAAGCAUAUCCAACUAAUAAUUACAACAACUGCAAUCAUAAAAUAAAUGUUGAUAAAUGAACUGCAGUAAUUGCAUAUUAAUCACUUUGUCUGCAUAUUCUUUACCACAAUACGUUGCUCAGGAAUGCAAUUCUGUUUUUAUUUUAGAAUUUUUUCAUAUAGCCAUCAUUUGAAGCAGACACUGGAGGUCCAGUAAGGUUAAUAGGGAAGAGUUGAUAGUUUAUACUGAUUGGUCUAAAAGGGACUUGAAAAAGAUUAGGGCAGAUAAGGUCAGGAAUUUGGUUGAGCAGUUAGAUGUCUCAAUAGGUGUAGGUUGUGAUGGGUAAGGUGGGAUGAGUUACUGUUGCGUCGUGGCAUGCAUAUAAAUACAUGAAUGUCAGUAGAUGGAGCUUAUUGUACCACAUUAACGCUAUCCAGUGCAUGUAGACUAGAGCAGGGGUCAGCAGCCUAUGGCACUCGAGGUGCCUUUGCACGGCACACAAGGCUGCCAGAGCCAAAGAGGCUAUGGCCUGUCAGGAGUUACAAUGGAACCUCGAAUAUCUGCUAAUUCCAAAGGACCAGUGAUUGCAGGUGGUAAGGGGCAAUCCUAAAUUUACACAUUGCAGCACUUAGAGGAAGUGAUCCCAAAAAUCGUCCAGCACUUGUGAGUAGGCAUACACGCUGGAGUAGAGCAGCCCACAGCAGCUAUCACGCUUCCUGCCCCUCACCUGUACUUGGCCAGCAUGGUACCCACUGGACCUUAGGAAAGCCACCCACACUGCUAGGUAUACAUAGAGUUGCAGAAUAAGCCUCUCCCUCAUACAAUUAAUACAAACAAUCAACACACGGUACUCACAAACACAACACCACUGACAAAGAUUUGGGAAUUGUUAUAUGCAAUAUCAAUUGGCAGUUGCUAAGGCCAGUAACGUAUUGUCAUGUAUAACUAGGAGCAUUCAUUCUCGGGAUGAAAAUAUAAUUUAAUCUUUUUAAAUCACUCAUAAGACCAAACAUUGAAUGUGCUGUGCAAUUUUAGGCACCUGUUCUAAAGAAGGAUAUUAUGGCACUAGAAAAAAUGCAGAGGCGGGCUGAAAAAUUGAUAAAAGGUAUGGAGCAUUUUAGUUACAAAGAAAGGUUAACAAAUGUAAAUCUCUUUAGUUUAGAAAAACAUUGCCUCAAAGAGGAUAUGCUGGCAUUAUACAUAUAUAUUCAGGGCCAAUACAAACCAUUUGCCAAAUACACAGUGGAUAUAGCACUCGUGCAGGAGCUGGUCGAAAAGCUGCCACUCAAAAGGUUCACUCCUUAAAAACCUUAUAAAUACAAUAAACAAUCACCCUUGAGUGUCCAAGUAAAAACACUUGUGAAACCACAUAUUUACCCAUCUUAAAUUAAUGGAUGUGAGAUGGGGCUCAAGCCCAUAAAAAGAAAGGCAGAGAAGGAGAGGAAUAUAAAUUACAAACAAUUAGUUAUACAAUAAUAUGCAAAUAUAAUAAUAAAAAAUGUACAUACAGCAAAGAUGAGUCCACAGCAAGCACUAAUGGUAUAAAGUGGUAAUUAAUACCUAUAAAGUGCUAAAAAUAGAUUAAAAGGAUGUUUACUUGUGAGGCUCGACGCGUUUCAUCCCGUGGUCGUCAGGACUUCUCAAGAGUCAGAAUGUUGUGAUGGGAGUUUUUCUCCAGAUCUUCUUAAAUAGCUGCCUCUUCGCACCCAAUUGGUGAAUAAACAGAUGCGCAUACGGACACCUUUCCUUCCGGGGAGUCGCACACAUCGAUGUACCACCCGACGCCAUGUUACGCGACCCCGGAAGAGUCCGUUGCGCAAACGUUUCACCAUAGAGUGCAAAACAACUUUAUUGGCAACCGCAACCCUGCCCCGAGACGGCAUAAGUUUUUGCAAAUGAAAAACAGCUGUUUGUGGCAGAAGUAUGUAACAGAGGAUGCCAUGUGUAUACAUGACCUUAGUAUACCACAAAUUAGGGAAAUGUAAGAAAACCGUUAUUUAAAAAAAAAAAAAAAAAAAGGUUAAUUGUCAAUUCUAUGAAAUUUAAAAGAAUAUUUUCCCUUAAAUUACGGUGUAUGUAAAAAUUUAUUUAUGGUACACCUCACAUUCUAAUAAAAGAAAGAAAAACUAUUAAUAAGUAUAACUGAAUCUGCAUAAAAUGCAAAAGUGGCAAAUAUAGCUGUUAUUUGUAUAUAUUCCUUUGCACUUGUUUCACUACUUUGUACAUAUUAAAAGUUAAGUUUAUUCAUUUGUCAUACUUUAGGGCUUUGAGCAAACCCUCUCUGUUUUCACUCACAUGUAACAAAUGACUAAUUUGUCCCUUUUCUUAACUCUGGCCCCUUUCCUUCAUUUUCAUCUGUAAAUACUGAACAAAAAUAUUAAUUGAGGCAGUCAGCUAGACCUUUAUCCUCUUCUACAUACCUUCCUUUUGUUUUUUUAUCUAACUAUUCCUGGUUUUCCUUUUCUCAUUUAUGUACCUAAGAAAAAAUACUUGCAAAGAAUACUUGCCAAAAACAUAAUAUACAGGGAUAUCAAUUUUAAUUAGUGAGGUAAUAGAUUCUUGAUGCAAGGAGAUAUCGACCUGUCAUUCUGGGGUCAAGAAGGAUUUUAUUUUUUGUUUCACAAUUGGAAGCACUUCAGACUGGGUUUGUUGCCUUCUUUUGGAACAGCAGCAAAAACAAAUGUGAGAGGGGCUGAACUUGAUGGGCACAUGUCUCUUUUUAGCUAUGUAACUAUGACAAUCCACAUACAUGCCCACAACCCCACAAGCAGCCUCUCACAUGCAAUGCCACAAGCAGCCCCACACAUAAACACCCCACCAAACACACAAUGUGACAUAUCACCCACACAAUUCCACAAUCAGCCACCAUACACAUUCAUAGGUAUUAUGCACAAUACCACAAACUACUUAUAAACAUAUAUAACAACCCAAAUAUGGAAAAAAGAAAACCCUACAAAGCAACUGCAGCACCUAUAUAUAAUGCAAGCACAAUACAGCAACAUAUACACCUCAAUUUAAAAAAAAAAAAAAAAAAAUAGAACCGGCAUGCCAAGCAACUUAAAGGUCUUGUUUUGGCACAGUACUACUAAAAGGUUGCUUAUCUCUGGAUUAGAGCAUAACAAACCUUCUGCGUAAGAAGUAAAAGUUAACACUUAAGUUAUAUACCUUUUGAAAGUACCUUGAUGUAGAUAUACUGCAUAUACAUGUAGUUGUGCCACAUGCACAGUUGGUUUCCAGUAUCAAGCAUCAGAUGUUUGCAAAACAUCUUAUACUAAACUUGCCUUCACCAUUAUUGGGGAAAGGUAGUUUAAAAAAAUAAAAAAUAAUAAUGUCUGAGAGUGAAAAAUUCUAAGAAUUAAUAAGUUAAAAUUAACAAAUUAAUGAAGUUAUAAUUGAUAGAUAUAUAUAUAUAUAUAUAUAUAUAUAUAUAUAUAUAUAUAUAUAUGUGUAUAUAUGUAUAAAGCGCUGUGAAAUUAGUUGUCGCUAUAUAAAUACCAAUAAUAUAUAUAUAUACACCGGUAUAUGUGUGUAUUUAUAUAAUAAAAGGACACUCUCAAUACUGCUAAAGUGUCCAUUAGUAGUUAAUUUUCAUCUUAGAUUAUAGACUGCAGUUUCUUCUGUGCCAUGGAGCUAAACCCAGAGAAACCAUUUGGGCAACUUUGUAUCAUUGCUAAAGCCACUAUUGUCUUCUAAAUUCUAUGUUUAUUACUACCCUACUGCACUUUUUUUUUUUUUUUUUUUUUUAAACCUGGAGGAGUUUGUGAAGAAUUCAAACACAGAGCAAGCAUUGUUGUGAAGUGUGAUAUAUUAUAGGGUGUUUUGCACAUCAUUUAAUGUUUGUUACUGGAAUUUAAGAGUGACAAGGAUAUCUAUAUUGGUUAGAAUGCGUUUGUUUUUUUUUUUGGUUGGGUUUGUUUUUUUUUUUUUUUUGUAUGAGUUAAUUUAUAGGUUAGAGGUAUUUUCCUAUAGGGGACUGCAACAUUCCCUCAGAUACUACUCUAUAACUUAGUAGUACACCCCCAUUUUUAGGUUAGUCUUUUUGUGCUCCAUCAUCCCCCAUUUUUGUCUAUUUUACCAGAUAUGCUCACCAAUACAGCAGUAAAAAAAAACAAAAACAAACUAUUGGUAUAAUUUAAAAUACAAAAAGAACACAAUAUGGCAAAUGCAAAAAAAAAAAUCAUACACCAUAGCUAUAGCAAGCUGCACAGCACAAGAGCAGAAACAGACCCCCAGAUGUUUCAGUAAUUAUUGAAGUUUUACUUAAUUCCUAACCAAAAUUCUAUUGAACAGUUCUUUGUGUAGUCAUACAUUGAUUUCCUUUUAUCCUUUUAAUUGUCUGUUAGAGACGGUGUAUUUAUUUGGUGGUUGGGAUGGAACUCAGGAUCUGGCUGACUUCUGGGCAUACAGUGUCCGUGACAAUCAGUGGGUCUGCAUAUCUAGAGAUACAGAGAAAGAGGUAAGUUUUCCAUUGAUUCUUUUACUAGAAACGCACAAAGGUAGAAGGUGGCAGCGAACUCUGGGAACCAUAACCACUUCAUUUACAUCAUGUGAUUUUGGUCCUCAGAAUGGUCAUUUAAUGCCCACAGAUUCAGAAAACAUACAUUUGUUCAGGAAGUUUGAAAAAAAAUAUUUGGAGAAACUGACUUGCACUUGGUAUUUAUUUACCUGUGGGUAGCUGAAGCAAUCUAGCACUUGUUUGGCAGAACUCUCCUUAGUUGGAAUUAACUGAAGUAUGUUAACUGUGACAUAGACAUGAAUACCUAUUGUAAAAACCAAAGAAAAAAGUUACUUGUGCACUCUCCCAAAUCCCCAUGCAUAUUUACAUAACUGGAGUUUUUAGUAUCACUCCAAUGGCCAUUCAAGUGUAAGCUCACCUGCCACAUCAAGUGAAAACUUCUUAGGGGAGUCCUACUCUAACAAUUCACCUUGGUACCACCUCUAAUGAAACAAAUGGGUAUUUUUCUAAUCCCCUUCACACUUAUUAACCCUUAAUAGGGAAUGCAUGGGCUGAGCUGCAGCACUGUAACAUGGCUGUUUAAUGGCCUCAUCUUACACUCCCAGAACCAACAAUACAUGAGCUCUGCAUUUAACAUCCUGCAUGAACUCCCACAACUCCCAGGUACUGACUGAAGUUUGGAAGAUACUUCACCUAAUUUAUUCUUGCAUUGCUACCAUAUUAUCAUGUGUUACUAUAGAAUUGUUUCCAAUUAUACCUGUAUUUUGCCACUGUAAUUUUCUGUGCAUGUAGUUUUUAUUAUUGUCAUUUGAUGUUUCUGACCAGUAUCUCAUGUACACAGUAAUAUUUUGGGUGAUAGAAUUUGGUUGCAAAACUUUUUUUUAAUUGUAUAUAACACAUGGCUUCUCUACCCUCUCUCCCUCCCCCUUUUUUUCUUAUUCUCAUCCCAGCUGUUAAUAUAUUCAUAUAACUGUUCCAUUUCCAUCCCGGUUCUUCAGGCCUCACCUUACACUCCCAGAACCAACAAUACAGGAGCUCUGCAUUUUUCCUCAGCACUACCCUACAGCCUAUCCAGGUUUUCCCUAAAUAUAUAGCAUGCUCCUCCAGCUGUUUGAGAUUCUCACUCUUUUAUCUCUUCAUUCCCUUUACAUUUUACCAAUAGCUGCCAUUCUCUGUGAACUUCUUUUAGCCAUUGCUCCCAAAUUUCCCCUGCUAAAUCUUGUCUCAAAUCCCCAUUGUAUCCUUUAGAUUGUAAACUCACGGGUUUUGUAUAAAAGAGCUUCAAUGGCUAGAUAUUGGCUUACGGGCAGGUCCCUCUCUACCUUUUGUAUUUGUCUGUGUAUAUUGUACGUUCUCCACUAAUUGUACAGCACUGCGGGAUGUGUUGGCGCUUUAUAAAUACCAGUAAUAAAUAAAAUACAAAAGCAAAUACAAACUCCAGGGUGACCGUAGUCCUACUAGAUAUAACUACUGACAUACAGUUGUGCUCAAAAGUUUGCAUACCCUUGGAGAAUUGGUAAUAUAUGUACCAUUUGUAAAGAAAACAUGUGAGCAGGCAAAACAUAUAUUUAUUUUAUUUCUUAUGGUAUUCAUAGUGGCAGAAUGGCACAAUAAUAAAACAAAACUUGGUAACAAAGAAAAAAUGAAAUCUUUACUGUUCAAAAGUAUGCAUACCCUUAGUUCUUAAUACUCUUUAUUGCCUCCUUUAGCAUCAAUGACAGUGUGCAGUCUUUUGUAAUAGUUGUCUGAGGCCCCUAAUUCUUGCAGGUGGUAUAGCUUUCCAUUCGUCUUGGCAAAAUUCCUCCAGGCAGUCUUUGGUAGUUUUGCAUGAACCACACCUUUGAGAUCUCCCCAGAGUGGCUUAAUGAUAUUAAUGUCAGGAGACUGUGAUAGCCACUCCAGAACCUCCACCUUUUACUUCUGUAACCACUGGAACAAUUGGCCUUGUGCUUAGGGUCAUUGUCAUGCUGGAAAGUCCAAUAGCAUCCCAUGCGCCACAUUUGUGCAGAAGAAUGCAAAUAAUCUGCCAGUAUUUUCUGAGAACGUGCUGCAUUCAUCUUGCCAUCAAUUUUCACAAGAUACCCUGUGCCUUUAGAGCUCAGACCCCCCAUCCCCCUCACCCCCCAAUAAAAAUAAAAAAUCAGUGAGCCACCACUAUGCUUCAUGGUGUUGAUAGUAUUCUUUUCCCCAUAGGCCUUGUUGACCCCUCUCCAAACGUAGCGCUUAUGUGUGUGAUCAUAAAGCUCUAUUUUGGUCUUGGCACUCCAAAUAACGGUAUGCCAGAAGCUGUGAGGCAUGUCAAGGUGUUGUCAGGCAUAUUGUAACCGGCUUCUUUGUGGCAUUGGUGCAGUAACUGCUUCUUUUGGUCAACUCGACCAUACAGCUAAUUUUUGUUCAUAUAUUGUCGUAUUGUGCUCCUUGAAAAAAACACACCUUUUUCCAGAGCAGCCUAUAUUUCUCCUGAGGUUACCUGUGGGGUUUUCUUUGUAUACCAAACAAUUCUUCUGGCGGUUGUGGCUGAAAUCUUCUUUUGGUCUACCUGACCUUGGCUUUCUUUCCCCGAAUUUUCCGCUUAAUAAGUGAUUUAACAGAAUUGACAGGCAUUUUUAAGGAUUUGGAUAUAUAUUUUUGGUUUCAGUUUUCUGCCAAGGGCAUCCUGAAUUUUCAGUUUUGGCCCAGAAUUUUCAUUUCAGUGCAUCCCUAUGCAGUAGUAAUCAUUGUUUUAUGUAUGUACACCUAGCUAUUUUAUCUUGUAUGUGUGAGUAAAUGUAAUAGUUAUCAGAUCUCAAUGUUGUGUCAUAGAAUUGGUGGUCAAAAAUUAAUAAUCCUAAAUAUUUUUAUAUUUGAUAAAAUCUUUCUUAAAUGUUUGUCACCGGUUAUACUUUUUCUGGUGAUGUCCACACACUAUGCUGUCUUACAUUUUACUGUGCCAGAGGAAUAGAUUUUGCUAUUAUUACAACCUUUGCAUGCAAUGUAUUUGUAGUGUUAUGCCAAGCUCUUGGCUAUAUCAAUAUUCAAAUUUUCUGCAGGUUUAUUCCCUGUUAGGUGGGAUUGAGUUUUAAAGUACUCAAACAGUGAACAUUACCCAGAACGUGAACCAGCUUGGUAGUAUAGCAGUCCAUCUGGUAUAUUGAUGGAAACUACUAGGGUGAAUUCUUUUCAAGUCUCUACUGAUGUGUAAAUACGGAAAAAUAAUUGGUGUGCAGACUAGAUUCAAUAUUCAUGAGCAUCGUAACCUCACAUCAACUUUAAAAAAAAUAAGAUAGCAAUAGUAUGUCAUAUUGUGUUUUUCUCCUUCAGAAUGGCCCAAGUGCAAGAUCUUGUCACAAGAUGUGCAUUGAUACACAGAGAAGGCAGAUUUAUACUCUAGGCAGAUAUCUGGACUCCUCGGUUCGAAACAGCAAGUCACUGAAAAGUGAUUUCUACCGCUAUGAUAUCGACACAAACACAUGGUCACUACUAAGUGAAGAUACUGCUGCAGAUGGAGGACCAAAACUAGUGUUUGAUCAUCAGGUCAGUGGUAGCAUCGUUUACAUAUUGAGCUAGCAAUUUUAAUGAUUGUGUUGUGUUUUUAUCAGUGAAAUGUACUUAUUAACGUAACAGUCCUUCUUUGUGGAAACCAUUUUUCCCAACUACUUUUUUUUGUUUUGUUUUUUUUUGUUUGUCACACAUAAGUAAAGAGCUAAGAGUCUAUUACAGGGUUGUGGAAUUUACACCAUCCGACACCCAGGACGUGCAGUUCUAAGUGCAGAGCAGGAAGUUUUUCUAAUACUUUUAGAACUGCUAUAGGCAUGAGCAGGAACUUCACUGAACUAGUCAAAGUAGGAAGUAGCAGGACCGGUUGUCUAAUUGACAGCCAGGGAGGGGUUGUAGCAAGGUUAAUUUAUAAAAGUGUCAAUUUCUAUGGGGAAAAAAAGGACACUCUUUACACAUCAGUGCUUUAGGGGGAGUGUUCCUUUUACAGAGGACUUGUAAAAUCCAUGAAAGCAAGGACUGUUUAGGAACCUUCGUGCCACAUUAAACCUUGUUAAGCAUUUUAAAUUACAGUUUGAUUCGCUUCUUACUCUGUUUUUAAACAAAAUCAAAUUUGCUCCUAAAUAUGUACUAUACUAUUCCCAGAAUUUAACAGGUAUUUGUUAAUCUGUUUCAGUUAUCUUUUUUAGGAUUCAUGUACCAAACAAUUUUGUUUCCACAAUUACAAGCUUUUUGUAUUUUAUUCAAGCCUGUAAUUUGUAAACUAUUCAACUCUCGUCUUGUAGAUGUGUAUGGACUCUGAAAAGCACAUGAUAUACACUUUUGGAGGGCGUAUCUUGACGUGUAAUGGCAGUGUGGAUGACAGCAGGGCCACAGAGCCGCAGUUUAGUGGACUCUUUGCUUUUGAUUGCCAAACACGGACGUGGAAACUUCUUCGAGAAGACUCAUGCAAUGCUGGACCAGAGGACAUACAGUCCCGCAUAGGACACUGCAUGCUAUUUCAUUCAGUAAGAAAAUAUUUCUUUCAUGGACUAUUUACUGCCAGUUUUCAAUUUGUGUGUUGUGCUUUUUUCUCUUUUAUUAUUGUACAGUGUCAACUCCUAUAAAUAAAAAAAAUAUAUAGGUGUGUGUGUGUGUGGCAAAUUAACCUAUUUUCUUUUCUCAUUACAUUGGUACUAUAUCAGAGGUUAUGUUGGUAAUUGUAUUUUUGCUUACUCCCACUUUAUGAAAUCUGAAGUCAGGAAUGUAGCUCACUCCUACUACAUGUUUAUGUUUAAAAACAACCUUCAAGAGAAUAUCCCAGACUUACAGAAUGUCUGAGAGAGUUAGAUGUACUGGGUGAUUUGUAUGAACGUCUUAGUUGUAAAUGCAGCAAAACGCUUACAUUUGAGACAGCAGUUGGGCUAUCUAACAUUUUAUAACGUUGGUUCAAUAAUCAGCAAGAAAUUUUUUUUGCUCAACUUUUUUUCUCCAUAAUUCUCGUGUGUGUGUGUGUGUGUGUGUGUGUGUGUUUUUUUUUAUGGAUCUAGAGGUCUAUCCACAGUAACUAUAUCUGUACCUUCAAGCCUCACUUACUAUUUGAGUAGUAUGAAUCGAGGCGAAACUCAACAAACUUUUGAGACUCUUCUACUGUAGCUUAACAUUUUUAGCAAAAUAUAUUUUCAACUUGGCACUAUUUUGUCAAAUUAGUUAUAUUUUUGUAUCUCUGGAAUCAUGCAACCAGAUCAAGAACAAUCACGUAGUUAUUGUAAUUAAAGGGAAACUAUAGUGCCAGGAAAACACUCGCCGGCGGGUGAGACCUAAUGCGCAUACACGGCAAUGGCCACGCUCGCAUUAUAAAAACUGCAAUAAUUACCACUUCAGGGUUAAGGAUGAUGGGAGUUUGCAUCCAGACCACUUCAAUGAGCUAAAGUGGUCUGGGUGCCUACAGUGUCCAUUUACACAUGAAAAUUGUUUCCCCAUAACCUCUCUUGUUCUUCAUUGCCAGAAAAAUCGCUGUUUGUAUGUGUUUGGAGGACAGAGGUCAAAGACGUACUUGAAUGACUUUUUCAGUUAUGAAGUUGACAAUGACCAUGUGGAAAUCAUAUCAGAUGGCACCAAAAAAGACUCUGGCAUGGGUAAGAGUAAAAUGUCUUUGGAGCACAUAAGGUCCUCUGGGUGAUACUUUUUUUUUUUUUUUCUCUAAAAUAAUGUUUUGUAUAGCUUUUUUGUCUACAGCUCUUGCACGAGAUUAAUAAGCAGUCACAAGUAAAACUAAAACCAUGAUAUUGUACCACAUUAAAAUAUGUAUAAAACCCUAUAUUAAAAUGGAAUAUAAUUGGGUUGAUCAGAAAUAAAAAUUUUAAUAGUAAAAUAUUCUACAAGGAUAUUAAGCUACUAAUACAGAUAGUGAUGGUUCUAAGGUGUCCUAAUUAUUGUAGAUGAACCAAUAUUCUUAUAUAAGCAAGGUCCAAUAAAUAUUGAUUAUGUGAAAAACCUAACUUUAAAUGUGUAUACAUGAUAAAUCUGUUUAAUCUGGGCUGAUCAGAACCAGUCUACAUAGAGGGCGGCUACAAAAUAGUCAAAUUACUAAAAAAAUAUUAAUAAUUAUCCCAUAAAUUAUCCACAAAAAUAACAAUUGGUCAAAUAGAAUCACCUCUGCUAAAUUUCAAUACGAUCCAAAGGUUCACCCCAACAGAAUCCAGUAAUCCACUAAUUCUUGAAGUAAAAAAUAUUGACCACUCGGGACCACUCUGGUUGGUCUAGUUCUCACAAUACCCACUUGAAAUCAUUCCAAUGUGGUGGAUGCAGUUCUUAAAUCUUUCCACUGGUAAGUGGUACUGACACUUGAUAAGGAUAUUAGACAAUGAAGGGGCAAGGAUACCAGAUUGUAAAUUAGGCUACCGUUACAGUUUUGUCAUAAGUAUAAACCUGACAUUGAAUUAUAUUAUAUGUAGACCCUUAACACCAUACAAUAAGAUUUUAAUUGUUUAUACUUAUGUAUACAUGGCUGGGUUCCCUAUGUGCUUCGGGGUGGUUACACAGCUUCCUUCCACUCACUCACAUGGUCGGAUGAAAAGAAGUCUCUUUAGCAGCAGUUACUCCACAGCACUGACCUCCUUGUAACUCUUCCCCCUCCCAUCUGUUUUUUUCUCAUAAUCUUGGCUGCCUUUGAUUGGUUGGGGAUCUUUAAACACCAAAUUCUUUGCAAACCAAGAUAUGAGAGAAACUGAGGCCACUUACGGUCGGUCGUGAAGACAGUCGGCAGUGAUGCCUCCAGGGGCUUCCUGGCACAAAGUUGUUUUGGUGCCUGGAGUGUCCCUUUAAAGCCACCUGUCUAUCGUGUACGUCCCCUCGAACUGUCAAAACAGUUCUGAUGCAUUUAGGCAUUGACUCCACAAGACCUCUGAACCUGGAGCAUCAAGACAUUAGCAGCAGAUCAUUUAAGUCCUGCAAGUUAUGAGGUGGAGCCACCUUGGAUCGGAUUUGUUGUUCAAGCACAUGGCACAGGUGCUCAAUUGGUUUGAGAUUUGAGGAAUUUGGAGGCAAAGGCAACACCUUGAACUCGGUCAUAUUCCUUAACCCAUUCAUGAAUAAUUUUUGCAGUGUGGCAGGGUGCAUUAUCCUGCUACAACAGGACACUGCCAUCAUGGAACACCAUUGGCAUGAAGGGGGUGUACGUGGUCUGCAACAAUCUCUAGGAAAGUGUUAUGUGUCAAAGUAACAUCCACAUGAAAGCCAGGACCCAAGUUUCCAGUAGAACAUUGCCCUGAGCAUAACACUGCCUCAGUCUGCCUAUUGUCUUACCUUUAGUGCAUCCUGCUGCCAUCUCACUCCCAGGUAAACAACGCAUGUGCACCCAGUCAUCCAUCUGAUAUAGGAAUUUGUUGCUACAAUAUAAAUGCUAACAUAUAAAUGUGUGUUUUUUUUUGUUUGUUUUAUCUGUAAAAAUAAUGUGUUUUUCUUUAAUUCACUUGAUCUGUAUGAAUAGCUAAAGUUGCCUAGUAUCAAACCCUUGUGAAUGUGACCUUUAACUCUUUAAGUACCAAUGUCCAUCUGAGCCAUCAUGAUAUGUUCUUUGGGAAAUGUUGGUGCCCCAAUGGUUAUAACCAUUAUUCACUAUAUUUGAAAUAAUUCUGGACUUUAAAAAUGUGUUACAAAUAAAGUAAUCCCAGUAAAAUUCAAUGUUACCUCAGCUUUAGAACUGCUGUUUUUUUGUUUUUGUUUGUUUGUUUUUUUUGAGGAUUGUUCUACAAUCCACUUAGGAUCUUUGACAAAAUGUUGUUUUGAUUUGUAGUCCCCAUGACUGGAUUCACUCAAAGAGCCACCAUUGAUCCAGAGUUGAAUGAAAUCCAUGUAUUAUCGGGUCUCAGUAAAGAUAAAGAAAAACGUGAGGAAAAUGUCAGAAACUCUUUUUGGAUAUAUGAUAUUGUUCGUAAUAGCUGGUAAGUGUAGCAGCUUGUCUAAAUCCUUUGAUUUUUACCAUAACUUUUCAGUACAUGUAUAUACUAAUUAAAUUAUAAAUAAGAAUGUAGAUAUACUCAACCCAAGUACAAUUACCAAAUCCUGUCAUGUUCUGGUCCAGGGGUAGACAAACUUCAACACUCCAGGAGUUGUGGAGUACAUCUUGCCAGUAUUAUGGCUUUAAGAUGCAUUAUGGGACCUCUCCACAACUUGAAGGUUGCCUACUGCUGUCCUAUGCUGUAUGCUCAUCUUCUAUAUUAUAUAAUUGAUUGAGCAGUGCUCUCUUUACCUCUUGUAUCUUUACAUUUUUUAUGUUAGUCACUUGCAGUAUAUCCCCAUUGUAUAACUGUAGAACACUGUUGAAUAUGUUGGCACUAUAUAGAUGCUUAUAUAUACUGUUUGUUUUUGUUUUUUUGGUCUGCUGCAUUUCUCCCUCCACAUAUCCUUGUUGCCGACAAUAGAGCACAUAAUUAUAAGAGUUUCUAUACCUACCAAACACUUUUCUAUGGCAGAGAAACUAUUUAUUAUAGUUUCACUUAUUAGAUGUGAAUAUACAGAAUCAAACAUUUAUUUUUUAGCUUCUUGGUUGAGAAAUCCAGCAAUUAUUAUAUUAUAUUAUAUUAUAUUAUAUUUCCUGCGGGUAGUCAAAUUUGUAGAAUGUGUAGAUUUCAUGUGAGUAGUCAAAGGAGUCAGAACUUUAGUAGAAAUCAAGGUUGCAGCUAGUGUCAUUGUAGAAAGGCUUAAAAUUACAGGUCCUAUGCUACUUGACAAGGUUUAGUUACUCAGGAUUGCAAGCCUAGAGGAUCCAUGGCACACACUCGCCAGUGAGCAAUUAUAAAAUAUGAGCCCUGAUUAUAGGACCCAAGAUCAAGGCAUCCAUCUGCCUCCAGAUGUUGAACCUAUAAUUUUGGAUGGCCUCUUUGUAGGCACUUAAAGCUUUAUAUCUUCUGGAGUCUUUGGAUAUUUUUUUCAAAGAUCCCUGAUGGUGACAUCGCUGUUUGGGGUGCAAGGGCCCAGGGAUGCAGCUCUGGUGAGUUAUACUUACCUGAUGCUGUACCUCCCAAGCACCGCUAUCUUCUUUUUUCAAAUCCUGGCGAUUCGUCCACUACAAGCCUAUGUCGGUGCUGUACUGCCAUGCAUGGAAGGUUCUGCAAGACCACGGGUGCAUAAUCUAGUGGUUUAUUUUAACACUGUCCUGGCCAGUCGGCAUCUAUUCAUAGAGAUGCAUCUGGGGAGUGGCCAACAGAGUUGUCCCUAAACUGUAAUGUAAACACUUCCUCUAAAAAGACAGUGUUUACUUCAAAAAGCCUGCAGGCACUGACUGGACUCACCAGAACAAAUACAUUAAGCUGUAGUUGUUCUGGUGACGAUAUUGUCCCUUUAAGUAUUUAAAUUACCAGCAGCAGCCUGAAUGUCUUUCCUCAUAACAGAGAGAUUCCUUAGAUGGUAUAAGGAAUGGGAGAGCUGGGUUAGUAGAGCAUAAGAAAGUGUUGAAUGUUGUCUAAGUCACUUGGGCGGUACAUUCCCCUACCGAGGAAAUUGCAAUCCAGAAUGUAUUAGAAAUAAAACUGGAUGGUGCAGGAAUCUUUAAUAUAUCAUAUCUUUAUUUAGAUGUAAUAUAAUAAGAAAAAUACUAAAAAUGCAAAGUUAAAUAGUAACACUAACACAUUUCACCACAAUACAUGGCUUUCUCGAAGUGUUACUGUUGUCUAGACAAAUCCUCCUUAGAUAGCCGAUGAGAAUUUUGAAGAUUUGGUCGUAUGACCACAAACAGUUGGCUUAAGCAAUACUAAAAAUGUCUUUACAAACAUAGUGGAUAUAUCUAAGAUGGAUAUUGCUAAAAGUAUCUGAAAUGUAGCCCCCAGGUGCAUUGGACUGAGUUAAAUCUUACUUUCUCUUAGGCUAGAAACUGAAUUUUCAUUUUAUUACUUAUUUGAUUUUUUUUACUCUUGUAUAUAUUAUGAAGAAGACACUGUUUAACCAAUAUAUCCCUAAGUGGGGAUUAUACCACUCUAUGCUGUUUAAAGGAGCCAUCACGCUGCUCCAUUACAUGUGACUGCAAUCCUAUUCUACCUAUAAAAUUAGCACAUUCUGUCCUGAUGUGCUAUGCUAUAUUCUUUUUCUGUUCUUAUUUCAUAUGCUGGUCUACCUGAUUAGAUCAAGAGAUACACUGCAAAUCUUGGGAUUGUACUGCUCAAGCACAUAAAGUUUGAGCUAAUUCAUAGCUCCAUAUCCUGUAAGUGCAUCUCUUUUUACCAAACUCCAUUUGAACAACAUAAUACACUCUAUAAUCCUCUACAGUCUUAUUUCUCUUGUUCCAUAUACCAUCUAAGGAUAUCUUAAGGCGUUACUUCCACUUAUUACAAAUGUUUUGACUGCUUUGGAAUUUCAACUAAAUUCCAAUGUAGCCUUGUUGAGCAUUUCAUAAAGAUUAUAUCUUCAUGAUAUGCUCAUAAUUAGUUAAUUUUCUUUGGUGACCGUCACAUUGAAUUGAAUACUAGAAGGCCAAAGGCGUACACCUAGUUUUACUAGUUUAUAUGUUUGAGAAAAAUAAUGAUCAUUGUAAAUAUCUUCUUUGCAAAAGACUAGUCUCCGUUACUAUCUUGUGCUUUUCCUGCCAUUCCAACCAUUUUCUAUUCCAAUGACGAAAUAAUUUUCUAUGCCAAUGACGUAAAAACCUUUUAAGGGGUUUGUUUUCACAGUUUGGAGACUUAUAUUAAUCUCAAACUGUGUUAUGUGCAAUAUUAAAAUGUCUUGGGUAAUCUGGCCUAAAGUUUUUUUUAAAUUUUUUUUUUAUAUUCUUAUGGCAAGAGCCAAAAGAGUCAAUACCAAGUCUGAUGAUUUGGUUUUUUUAUGCCAUAGACCAAAGGUAACCAGCAAAUGGCUCUUCAGUUUUUUUUCCAAGAUACUAUAGCUACCAUGCAACUUGGACGGUCAAAGGCCUUGUUUUCAGACAGCUGUUCCAGCAUCAUGGGACUUGUAGUUACGAAGCAGUUGGAGACAGUUACCCUUCUUUGCUUUAGAUGUUUUGUACCAAAUAGUUUUUCAGAACCAUAUUAUACUUCUACAGGAAAUAAACCUCAAGACCCUAGGUUGUUUUAUUUUACAAAUAAAACAAAUCUCAGAAAAUAAAUGAUAAAUGUUUUAUUUAUUGCAGUGAUAUAAAUAGUGUGAUCUCUUACAAAGCCUUCUGUAGUACCUUUUGUUGACAGCCUUGUUAACCAUUUUUUAACAGUUUGACACACAUGGCCUGUGGUCCAACCUCUUGUUCGUCUGACUCAUCCAGUGAAUAUAUCAAGACUUUGACAAAAUGUAAUACAGUGGUACCUCAGUUUAUGAAUUUAAUGCGUUCUCCAGGACUUUUCUUAUUGCGAAAAAUUCAUAAACCGAAACGUGGCUUCCCAUAGGAAUGCAUUGAAAACCAAUUAAUCCGUUCCAGAGGUCAGAAAAAGUCAAAAUGAGCUGGCAUGGAAACCAACCCACAAUGCAGAACACACAGUAAAAGGCAUGCAAACGGCGAAGUUCAGCUCUCUAACUUUCCACUUGAGAAAUGCACCAAAAAGUUCCAAGUCCCAAAACCGCUGCAAAUUUUUUUUUCAGAAUGGCUCCAAAACUCAAUGCAAAAAUCGCUCCAACACCUCCUCACUCGAAGUCACGUGCUACCCACAGACUCCGGCAUGCACAAGGGCGGCACUAUAAACCUCCCAGGCGCAAUGCAUCCUGGGGAAACUUGCUUCAUAUUGCAAAAAAAAAAAAAUCGUACACCAAGGCAUUAUUUUCAUUUGUAAACCGAAAAUUGUUAACCGAUGCGUUUGUAAACUGAUGUACCACUGUAUUGCUGGAAUAUAACUUCUGCAGUAGCAAACUGCUGAGCAGGGGUCAGAGUCAUGGUAGCACCAAGGGGAACCUCAUUUGUUAUCAAAAGGUGUGAGAAGGAACCUGGAGAUGGGAAUGUCUAUGUUAAAUAUGUAGACAGUGGAACUAUGCUUUUUAGUUUUUCAAAAUGUUCUUUAAUUCUAACAAGACAUAUAUGACCUGCACGAACAGUAGGUGAAGGGGUGCCAUUCGAGUUUAAAAUUUAAAGUUCUGCAGUUUAGCUGACCCAUAAACUAUUUUAGUAACAGCCUGGAACUGUAACUAGUAAUAUUACAGCAACAGUAGAUCUGUGUAUUUUAAAUGCUUUAUUUCAUCAAAAAUGGAAUGAAUGUUUGUAAAGAUUAGCAACAGUAAGUGUCUCUGAAAUGGUCAUAAUACGUAAAAUUGGAUAUAAAGUGGAUUGGUUUAAAGUAGUUCUGAUACAUUUAAUUUUUUUUCUUUUAAUAAAGAUUCUUUACAUCUAAAAAGUUGUCUUUUCAGAUGUCCACUAUAUCUGUUCUUGUUUGCAUCAUGAAGAAAGUGGAACAGGCAGUAUAAUUACUUUUGCCUCCAUUCUUGGAUGAUAGACUUUGAUCGACCUGUCAUGACUUAAACUACUUACACUGUUUUGAAAAAGCAUGACAUUUCAUUUACACAUCUACAUUUGCUAGCAAAUGUGUAGAUUGGGAGAAAAACCCUAUUAAAAUCCUUAAAAAAAAACAAACCAAAAAUGUACUUCUAUAUACUUCACAAUCAGGUCUUCGCAUUGGUUCUUGGCUGCCGGAUUGACUGAUGAGGGAGAACAGAAAAGACCUCCCACAUGCAUGGCAACCACCAUACAUGUGCUGAGGUUGCUAUGGAAACUCCCUUGCCUAUACUGCUUGUGCAUGCUUGGGAAUAAAGGAACAGAGUGACUCACUCCAUUCAGAAGCAGUCAUGCUGGCUUUAUGGUGGUGGUUUGCCCUGCUUAAGGAAGUUUUCCCAAGCAGAGCAAGUUUAAGAAGACCAGAAGAGGAGCAAAGGACUGGACCGGAGGUGAGUGUUAUAGGAAGAGUAAUACCCAUGAAGCUCUGUAGACGGCAGCAGUAAUAAGUGAGGUGAGUAUAUCUCAAUAUUUUACAUUAAAUGCAUCAUGUAUGUGUUCAGUGUAUUUCAGGGCGAUUUAAGGCAAGUUAUUUUUCUUAACAGGUACACUUGAAGUUCAUUUCACACUGUUUCGUUUGUGUCCUAGACCUUUUGAAGAGACUUUCUUGAGCAAUUCUUUUUAUUUUUUUUUUAUUUUUUUUUUGUGAAAUGAUUUAAAUAAGAAAUGUAACCUUCCUUAAAGCAGACAUCAGCAAUAAUGUAUAUCGGAUUUGAUAUUUGUGUGCAUCUACAAAAUGCUUCCAUUUCACAAAUGUACAUAACAAUUAAAAUUCCAACACAUCUGUGCUCAUUGACACGCUUUGUAAAAAGACUCCUAUUUAUUGUUCUAAUGUAUAUUUGUUCCCUCAAAUGUGUUGGCUUAUGGAGUGGUUAGUCAUGCGUUUCCAUGGCUGUCCUCUUUUUCUCCCAGCAGCUCAACUUACACUUGUUUUCAGUGGCUGGGUAUGUACUAAGAAGCAUAGGCCAGUCCAGAACUCAUUAUGUGAAAAGGUUGUGUGGCUUAUGCUGUAGAAAACUGCCAAAUGUGUAUAUCAUUAUUUAAUCAAAACUAGAUUUUUUUUUUUUUUUUUUUUUAUAAAUGUUCUUUUCUUUUAGGUCAUGUGUCUACAAGAAUGAUCAAGCAUCAAAAGAAAACCCAAAUAAAAGCCUUCAGGAAGAAGAGCCUUGCCCUAGAUUUGCACACCAAUUAGUUUAUGAUGAAUUGCACAAGGUAUACACACUGCCUAUUUUCCAAUGUUACAAAAUACAGUGUUGAUAUCCAUGAAAUGUUAACAGGUCUGUGUAGUUAUUGCAAUAGGUAGAAUGUACUUUUUCCAAAAUAAGAUAUCUCCAUUUUGGCUCAAGUGCUUUAAUGUUUGAAAAGCCCUAUAACUCAACCUCUGUCUUUUGUCUUGUAAUCCAGGCAGUCAAGUUUCUACUCAAAACAGUUUUUCAUGAGUUCCAUGUUCAAAUUUACUGCUUAUCUAUUUAUAUUAUGAUCUUUCUACUCCGCUGUAAAAAUUAAUCUGUGCACAACUGAAAUUAUUCAAUACUUUUUAGUCACCAAGCUGUGUUAAUCAGUGUGAGUUUAUCAGGCAAAACAGCAAGACUGGUACACAUGUGUGUGAGGAGUACGUUAAAACCUGCACAGUUGAGGAGCACUGAACACUAAUAUAAGUCUACAAAUAAUUUGGUCAGUGGCUGAUUUGGUAAUUCAGAGUCAGUAAUGUAAAAUAUGUGAAGUCUAUUGCAACUGUUUCCAAAAAGUAUCUCAAUUUUUCUCAUUUUGUCUCAGGUCCACUACUUGUUUGGGGGGAACCCUGGAAAGUCCUGCUCUCCAAAGAUGAGGUUGGAUGACUUCUGGUCGUUAAAGCUGUGCCGACCUUCCAAAGAGUACUUGCUGAGACACUGUAAAUACUUAAUUCGAAAAAACAGGUACUGGAAAACCUUUUAAAAGGCCUGAAAACAAUCAGUGUUAUCAAUGAAUCAUGGUGUAGUGGGAUGGAAAAAUGUAAUCCCUUAAGGACACGACAUGUGUGACAUGUCAUAUUCCCUUUUAUUCCAGAAGUUUGGUCCUUAAGGGGUUAAGGGAAACUAUAGGCAUCAAAACAAAUACAAUUUAAAAACCACCCAACCAAAAAGUGUGCUGUAUUUUAACCCAUUAAGGACGGCGGGCAUACUAUGCCGUCCUUGGGGGACUUGGUCCUAAACGCCGGGGUGGGGUGAGCGCAUUCAUUCCAUAGAGAAAUGCUUUCCUAUGGACAUCAGCAUCUUCUCACUGAUUUUCACUGUGACAAGCGCGGAAGCGCCUCUAGCGGCUGUCAAUGAGACUAGAGCCUGGAUUAACCCUAAUGUAAACAUAGAAGUUUCUCUGAAACUGCUAUGUUUACAGCUGCAGGGUUAACCCUAGAUGGACCUGGCACCCAGACCACUUCAUUGAGCUGAAGUGGUCUGGGUGCCUAUAGGGGUCCUUUAACCCCUUAAGGACCAAACUUCUGGAAUAAAAGGGAAUCAUGUCACGUCACACAUGUCAUGUUUCUAUAAGAGGUUAAGUAACUGUUUAAGUUCAGAACUCCUGAAACAGUCUGAUGGCAAUGUUUAUAAUGUGCCUCAUCACACCUAAAUAACAUCUAAAUAAAGCAACAACAACAACAAAAAAAAUUAUGAAAACAAACAUAGUAUUAACCCCUUCAGGACCUGACUGUUUUUGUGAUGUACGUUAAGGACCAGAGCUAUUUUAACACUUUUGUGGUGUUUGUGUUUAGCUGUAAUUUUCCACUCUCUCAUUUACUGUUCCGAUAGAAAUUAUAUAUUGUUUUUUUCAGGACAAAAAGGGCUUUCUUUAUAUACUGUUAUUUUUUAUCAUGUCAUAUAACUUAAUUAAAAUUGUUUUACUAAAAUAUGGUGAAAUUUUUUUUUAUAUAAAAAACAUUUUUUUUGACUUCUACUUAAAAGAUCUUUUACUGAUCUACAAAAUCUAAUAAAACAAACUCCUAAAUAGAUUCAAAAUUUUGUCCUGAUUUUAAAAACACCCAAUGUUUACAUGUUUUUUUGCUUUUAUUUGCAAGUUAUAUGGUUAUAAGUACAAGUAAGAAAUUGCUGUUUCAAAAUGUAAAUUUUUCAAAUGUAUCAAUAGUGACAUUGUAACACUGUUUUAAAUCUCCCAAAAAACACCCAACAUGUAUAUAUUUUUCCUAAACUAGAUAACCCAGGGUAUUCAUCUAAGAAUAUUUUGAUACUUUCUAUGCAGCCAUUUUACCACAAACCUUUGCCAAACUUUGCAUAGGUAGUUUAUUUUUUUCACAUACAUUGCAAUUCAGGUAUAAAUUCACAGAUUCUGUUAGGUGUCACUACCAAACAACACCCCAAUAUGUGUUCAGCAACAUCUCCCGAGUACAGGGAUACCCCCCAUGUAUAGGUGUGUCUGGUUGUUGGGGGGGCUAAAAGGCCACAUUUGGCAGGUGCGCAUAUCAGUUUCCCAGCUUGGAAUUUUGACAUGUAGUCAACCUGCAUGCAUGUCCAAUUUGGGACAUUUUUGAAGCCGGCCAAUGUAUUUUACCCCCAUCAAUUUGAACAACAUCCCAAUAUGUGUUCAGCAAGAUCUCCUGAAUACAUGAUACCACCCAUGCAUAGGCUUGUCGGGCUAAAAGGCCACGUUUGGCAGGUGCGCUUAUCAGUUUCCCAGCUUGGAAUUUUGACAUGUAAUCAACCUGCGCCCAUGUCCCAUUUUAACCAAUGUAUUUUACCCCCAUCAAACCAUAUAUUUUUGAAAAGUAGACAACCCAGGGUAUUUUAAAUGGUGGUAUUUUAACACUUUUCAUGCGCUGAAUUCUACCACCAGCCUUUGUCAAACUUUUUUUUUUUUUUGUUUCUUUGUCACACAUUGUACUUUAGGCAUGAAUUAAAAGAUCCUGUUAUGUGUCACUGCCAAACACUGCUCAAUAUGUUCAGCAACAUCUCCCGAGUACAGUGAUACCCCCCAUGUAUAGGGUUGUUUGGGGGCCAAAAGGCAACAAUCAGAACUUGUACAUGUCAACUUGAUAUAUAGGUAUGCUUGGUCUAUCUUCAGUUUGACAUAUUUUUGCACCCCCCCAGUUAAUGUUACCAUCAUGACAGUAUAUAUAGUAUAUAUUUUUAUAAAGAACACAUCAAAGGUUCUAGAAGAUGGGGUGUUUUGACUUCUUUCCCCCAACCAUUUUGCCCCCCAAAGAAAGGGUAGUGGUAAUUUUUUAAUUCUGGUUUUUAUGCACAUGUCAUCUGGUUUUGGCCAGCUGGUUAUGUGUUACUGCCAGAAAACUUGUUAAACCAAAUGUGCAAGUAGCAAAUGUACAUUUAGCAGCAAUCUUUAAACGGACUCCUGCAAAUAGAAUCUAACUGGAGAUUUGGGGGAAGGAAAUUGACUAACAAAAAAUGGCUGCUUUCCAAAGAAACAAAAAAUAAAAUAAAAAUUCAGGAACACUUCUUACAACUGUUCUGUGUGGUACAGAUUGAAACAUGUUCCUACACAGUGUCCUGGUUUUGAAGGGCAAUCGGGACAGUGAAAAGGGGUGUCUGUCCUUUUCCCGUUUUUAAAACCUACCCGGCAACGUUUCUGGGGGUUUUUUUUUUCUAGCAGUUGGGGGUAACUUAAAAAUAAAAUGCCUGGACUCCGCUUGCACUGUUGUCGGAACUUGUCCAUCUCCAUAAAUUGUUAAAGAAAUUAUUUUCAACUGAAAUUGGAGAAAGGUGGUUUUACAUGGAUUAUUUUUUUUAAAAAGCAAAAAUGAGUUGUGGGUUGCUAUUUGCAUCAGAUAGCCACCUUUUUAUACCAUGCUUUGGUUUUUCGUAAAAUAAGAUAUGGCUGCAUCAGCUGAUCAGCCAAAUCAACACCCCCCAUGUACUUAUUAUACGCCCUGAUGCAAACCGGUUUGGACUCUACUCUGCCCUGGACAGAGACGUCUGACAUGCGUUCAUCAUGGAUGGUGGUUAGCAUGUUGACAUCCUUCCUGUCCCUAAACUUUAGUGCAAGCACUACAGCUUUGCUAAGUGCUUUACAUUCGCAUUUUUUAAAUUUUGCCUCUAUGAGAGAUCGUGGAAAUUCUUUGGAAUUUUUUCUGGCAGUGCCGCAGGCCAGUGUCUGUAAACCAUAAAGUGUUUUAAACAGACGGACGCUACUAUAAAAAUUAUCCACAUAAAGGUGGUAACCUUUAUUAAACAAGGGAUUUAGUAAUUCCCAUACAAGUUUCCCAAUUGUCCCCAGGGAGUCAGGACAGCCAGGAGGGUCCAGUUGACCAUCUUUCCCCUCAUAUACACGAAAGGCAAACGUGUAUCCACUUUCGCACUCGCCCAGUUUGUACAGUUUUAUGCCAUACCUAGAGCGCUUUGAGGGGAUGUAUUGUCUGAACCCUAAUCUCCCUUUGUAUUUCAUUAGCGAUUCAUCUAUGGAUACAUUUUGUUGGGGGUAUAAACAUCAGAAAAUUUGUCCUGAAAAUGGUCUAGCAGUGGGUGUAUUUUAUAAAGCCUAUCGUAUUGGGGGUGAUCUCUAGGGUGACAGAGGGUAUUGUCACUGAAAUUUAAAAAUCUCAGCAGUAACUCGUAUCUGGCUCUAGGCAUGGUUUGGGAGAAUACUGGACUAGACAUUAUUGGGUUGGUGCUCCAGUAUGAGCGAAUCGAUGGCUUCUUUAUAAUCCACAUGAGCAUUGUAAAAGCCCAGAAUUUUUUAAGCUCUGGGACAUCUGUGGGAUGCCAGUCAUGCUCCCUGACUGUAUAGCUACCUGGAUUGUUAUCAAUAAAUUGGGUAGCAUACAAGUUAGUCUGGGAAGCAAUCUCCUCCCAGAUGGUAUCCCCUAAAAAUAGUUCUACAUACUGCAUUGGGGAGAAGCCAUCCCCAUUAACCUUAAUGCCUGCCUUGGCACUAAGAGGGGGGACGUUGGGCUCGGCUAACUGUGGAGGCUUUUCUUCAGCCAGCUCACACACCGAUCACGUCGUCUGGACUAGUCGUGUCAGAAAACUGACCUGGGUCAAAAUCUGUGUCAGUGGCAUCAGAGUCUGACGCCAAGAAGGCAUAUGCCUCCUGCAAGUUAUACAUACGCUGCAUGUUUUACACAUGACUAAAACAAAUUACAAACACACAAAAAAAAAUUAUACGUUUUUUUUUUUUUUUUUCUUUCUUUUUGAAUAGAUCUCUAGGUUGGAAACAGUCUUCCUACUUCUCUUCAUGACCUAGGGUAGAGUAGUGAUUGAACUUCGGUUCUACGCAGUAAACAAAAUGUAAAAAAAAUCUGCAAACCUAUAAAUCUAAUACAUUUUAGAAGAAAGUUCCAUGAAAAGUGCUUUAUACAUUUAUACAUGGCAGUAAAACAGAUCACAUAAAUGCAGACGCACGCACACUCACACAAACACUCUUAACUAAAAAAAAAAAAUAUGGGGGAGGGGGAUAACAGAGAAAAGAAAACAGAACUACAGGGAAACUUGCCACAUUGCACCUCUACCAAAAAUUCUUUCUCAGAUUUUUGGCAAAUAACUAUAACGUGUUGCUUCUGUAUUGAGCAGGAAGAGCAACACUGUCUAAGGAUGACACCUUGUUUCAAUUGAUCACCUCAGCCAUUUCCUUCUCCUGUUUUAAUGGAUCACACCCACUGGACACUGGAAGUUGUCCUACCUUCAGGGGUUGCCAAAAAACAGGGUGCAAGAAAUUUCUUAGAAUGCACAACAGCCCAUAUAUAGCUUGCCCUUUCGUGGGUCCCCGCUCUGUUCUCAAGCUGGUUUUAGCUCAUCUUGUGCCACUGCAGAGAGAAUUUAAACCAUUUGCGCACCAGACUGAUCCAACCAAAAAGUACAAUCCAGAUUCAAAAUGCAGGCCUUCUCCCUCUGCAUGAGAGACGGUAAUCCCAGAUGAUCGUUUUGUCAGUGAGGUAUAGCUGAAACCUCUAUAAGCAUUGUGAAGGAUACUGAGAAUGGACUCAUAGCUUGCUGUACCUUCAGGGAUUAAACUGUUUUCAGAGAGUUUUACUCUGAAGUUGGUCCCCCGGAUCACCCUUUUCUCUACGAUCACUGCCCGUUUUCCAACUUCUGUUCACUCCUGAAAACCUGCCUUGGUGGCCAUUGAUUGGCUGAAUAAAUCGGGUGAAAAUACAUUUUUAGCCAUGUAGGAAGGCAACCCUCAUCAUACUAUUGAAUUUAAAGGGUUACUUUAAUCAUCAUAACCACUACUGCUUGCUGUUUCCUAUUACCAUAACCACUACACACCCUGGCUUAGUUUCCUUUUAGCAGAAUUAACAUUAGCCUGGCUAAUGGUGCUCUAAUAACUGCCGGAGGUGAAGUUACACCGCCUCCAGCAAAGAUAUAAAACUCUGUAUGUGCACCAUUUCAAAACGAAACACAGACUCCAGGCACAAUGACCACUUCAAAUCUCUCAAGUGGCCAUGUUGCUUUGAGUAUCCCUUUAAACUGUCUAUGGACUAAAGUGUAGUUAUUCUGUAAAUGUAAUUUGUAAAUGGAUUUCAAUUUGUGUUAUUUACUUCCAGGUUUGAGGAGCGUGCUCUAACAGAACCCCUUAGUGCACUAAAGUACUUGCAGAAUGAUUUGUUUGUCACGGUCGAUCACUCUGAUCCUGAAGAGACUAAAGAGGUAGGGAGUCCAUUUUUUCUGUUCUGUGUCUGAAUGAUCACUUAAUAACAAAUGGCUAAUCUGUGCAACCCAGAUGUUUCUGAACAAUGCAAUGUUGCCCAGACAGUCUUAUGAACUACUCGGGAUUUGCUUGUUAGUCAGGUGGAUGUUUUCCCUAUUGCAGUUAGCAGAUCUUAAAAAUCAGCAAGUUCUCCAUGUCACUGUCUGACAAAGUGGCUGGUAGCAGUGGUGGUUGCAGGGCACGUCCUGAAAAUCCUUCCUACAACAUUUACAAUUUUUGUCCCACUUGCUAACUUUGGUAAUGUAUUGCAAUUGUGCUAGAAAGAGCCUUAUGCUUCUUUAAACAUGACCUCUAAUGUUGUCCUGACAAUUGGUUGUGUUCAAUAGGGGAGACUUAUAUAUAUUAGAAAUCUUGCUGGCUACAGUUAUUGCCGUGCUUAAUUACCAAAGUAUGGCAGCAUAGAGGUGUAGGAAUGGAUUGAGAUAGGUGGGUAAAUGGGGUAAGUGACUGAACCCAGAGUGAUAAUCACAAAAUGAGAUUGUAAUAGUCUGGACCUAAAAUAAAAUCAGGGAUAUUUAGUAGACUAAAUGACAGGGAUCAACUUUGAGCUGUAAUGUACUAAUUGGCAAAUGAUGUGCAGUCAUGAGUUGUCCCAAUUUAAAAUGAUACAGUAUAUGGUGAAUUAGAAGAAACAAAAGCAUUUGUUUAUAAAAUAGCACUCAAACAGCAACUGAAUGUCAAUCUUUUGGUGCAAUUUAACUGUUUAAACCUAAGUGGCUAUUUAUAAAAGGCUCUUUAAACCAAGUGUGGUAUUCCAUUUAACAACCGUUUGAUUUCACUUUGAAUUUGGCAGAAUUUAACUACAAUUUGGAUGAUUAAAAAAAGGCAGUCAUGUAAACCAAGGGAUUGGCGCUGACUACAGUCACCCCAAGGCUACUCAAAGCUGCCAUCAAUCCUUUAACAACUCUCCAACCCAAAAUUCACCUCAAACCUUAUUCUUACCCUAACCGUUUGGGUCGGUCUUUUCUUUUUCUUUUUUGUUUUGAGAACUUUAUUUGCAGUGCAUGUUUUCGAUAACCAUUAUUAAACAAAUCUCUCUGCAGCAAUGAGAUCCACUUAAAAGUAGCUGGAGCCCAUUUGUCUCAGUUUAGUUAUCAAUAGUGUAUUACUUGAAUACAAUGAACCACAGCGGAAUUUUAAAGAAACAAACUGCAGUUGACCACAAUGUAGGGGGUCUGGGUGCAUUGCUUAUUGCUCGUGCAGUGGAAAACAUUGCAGUUUUUGAAAUAUGGCAGUGUUUUCAUUGCAGGACUGAACAUGCCUGUAGUGGCUGUGUUCCCGAGGGUGCUUCCAUCAAGUCAGAUGCAGUUUUGUGACGUUUGACAUCAAUGUUUCUUAUAGAGAAGUGUUUGAAUGGAAUGCUUGCAACACACCUACCUCUCUUGCACCACACACACACACCUACCUCUCUUGCACCACACACACACCCCUACCUUUCUUGCACCACACACACACCCCUACCUUUCUUGCACCACACACACACCCCUACCUUUCUUGCACCACACACACACCCCUACCUUUCUUGCACCACACACACCCCCCUACCUUUCUUGCACCACACACACACCCCUACCUUUCUUGCACCACACACAACCCUACCUCUCUUGCACCACACACACGCACACCUACCUCUCUUGCACCCCACACACGCACGCACACCUACCUCUCUUGCACCCCACACACGCACGCACACCUACCUCUCUUGCACCCCACACGCACGCACACCUACCUCUUGCACCCCACACGCACGCACACCUACCUCUCUUGCACCACACACGCACACCUGUCUUGCAGCAUUGUAAUUAAUUCAUAUUAAAAGAAAACACUAAUUAAAACUUAUUUAGUGUGGAUGCAAUGUUUUUCAUGCUGGGUUUUCUUUUUUUCAGUUCCAACUUCUUCCAUCUGCACUUUUUAAAUCCAGCAAAGAUUUGGCCCCUCUGGGUAAGUGGAUUGAAUUACAUUUAACCAUGGUGAAAAUGUGUUGUUUAAAAAGCAGUAUACAGAUACAUAUUGUUGGAGUAUCACAUUUAAAAGUGCUAUAUUCAUGUAUUUUUUUGUGUAUUAUAUAUCAAUAUUUUUACUUUUUGCCUUCUUUCUAGGUCUCUCUGAUGUCGAUCACACUUAUUCUCAGAGGACACAACUCUUUGAUACUCUUGUCAACUUCUUCCCAGACAGUAUGACUCCUCCAAAGGGCAACCUGGUUGAUCUAAUUACACUGUGAAAAUGAUUCCCAGGACUGAGAAGAAACAUAAAAGACUGAUAAACUACACUUUUUUUUUUCUUUUUUUUUUUCUUGGGUGGGGUUUGUUUAUUUUUGUAAUUUGGACUGGAGCUGUAUAAAUGGACUGCAAUAAGAGAGUAUUUAGUGCUGGCAUGGUAGAUACCUGUUUUCAUAAAGAUAACCUGAUUACAACUUUCUGUCAGGAAGACUGGCAGUAGAAUUAGAUUUUUUUAUUUCUCCCCCAAAGUUUUGUUUUAGUUUUAAAUUUAAGAUUUUUUUUGUUUU